CUGGCUGACAGACAUACAGACAGAGGACAGGACAUUGCCCAAGGAAAGCUACCUCCAGAUCAGAUGAACACAAUCCCUAAUCCCAACAUUGCCAUGAGCUCACAGUGCACAGGAAAGACAAACAUCUCUGGAGAGACAGAUAACGAGCAGUGAAUGUCAGAGGCAGUCUGAGUGACAGCACAUUGUGACAGUCCAUGCGUUCUACAAACGGACAUCCCCACUUUUAGGUCGAGACACGGUAGUAAAGUACAAAGAGACAAUGUCACCGUCAGACACAGUUCCACAUAAGAAUAACAUCCAGCAUCACUGUCACAUUCCAAGACUUUGCCCCACACUACAUAUCAGCACAUAGCGAAAGCAAAGUGACUGAGUGACUUGUGCCAUGAAGUGGGCGUGAGAGUGAGUGUGAGCUCCUGAGAUCCCGGUAUAUGGUCCCCCCUCCUUCCACAAGCCAUGUGCCAAAACAAACCGCCUUUCCUAUUUAUUGCCGGCUGACAGUGGAAGCUCAGAGACAGCAGACCUGGGACAGCUCUCAUACUGGGCACCAAUAUAGACCAUUACUCCGGUCAUUGGGCAACAAUUAAAGCAACUCACUGGGAAUGUUCUGAGAAGCUUUGACACUGGCACAGACUGGGACUACCCGGCAUUGGCACUGACACUGCAUUAUUGAACCUGUCCGUUGGUGACAGGGGGAUCCCCGGGAGCAGUGGGGACUCCAGGCACCUGUAAGAGCAGGGGCUGACUCGGGGGUCAGUGAGUGCUACUGGGGGAACAAGUCCGGACUUCACAUCAGAGCCCCUUCCCCCGGGCGCACAGAGAGCCGGGGCAGAGAAUGGAGCUCCCGUGAUCCGCGCCCCCUACCCGGCCGCCCCAUGCAGCUGCCCCGGCUUGUGCUGCUGCUCUGCGGCGCUGCGCUGUUCCUGCUGCCGGCUGCGGUGCUGGGCUGCGGGCCGGGCAGGGUGGUGGGCAGGAGGCGUAAACCGCCCAGGCUCACCCCGCUCUCCUACAAGCAGUUCAGCCCCAAUGUGCCCGAGAAGACGCUGGGGGCCAGCGGGAGGUACGAGGGCAAGAUCGCCCGCAACUCGGAGCGCUUCAAGGAGCUCACCCCCAACUACAACCCGGACAUCAUCUUCAAGGACGAGGAGAACACCGGGGCCGACCGGCUCAUGACACAGGUAAGGGGCAAAGCACAUGGGGCAUAGUGUGUUACUGACCCCGGGAACGGGGGGCACAGUGUUACUGACCCCGGGAAUGGGGGGCACAAUGUUACUGACCCCGGGCACAGUGUUACUGACCCCGGGAACGGGGGGCACAGUGUUACUGACCCCGGGAACGGGGGGCACAGUGUUACUGACCCCGGGAAUGGGGGCACAGUGUUACUGACCCCGGGAACGGGGGGCACAGUGUUACUGACCCCGGGAACGGGGGGCACAGUGUUACUGACCCCGGGAACAGGGGGCACAGUGUUACUGACCCCGGGAACGGGGGGCACAGUGUUACUGACCCCGGGAACAGGGGGCACAGUGUUACUGACCACGGGAAAGGGGGUGGGCGGACAAUAUGCAUUACUGACUUCGAGCAUGGGGGGCACUGUAUGUGUUACUGCCCCCGGGAAUGGAGGGCACAUUGUGUUACUGCCCCUGGGAGUGGGGGUCACAGCUUGUGUUACUGACUUAACAGAGGGCACAAUAUGUGUUACUGACUCUGGGCAUGGGGGGCACAGUGUGUUACUGCCCCGGGAAUGUUGGGCACAGUGUGUUACUGCCCCCGGGAAUGGAGGGCACAUUGUGUUACUGCCCCUGGGAGUGGGGGUCACAGCAUGUGUUACUGACUGAACAGAGGGCACAAUAUGUGUUACUGACUCUGGGCAUGGGGGGCACAGUGUGUUACUGCCCUCGGGAAUGUUGGGCACAGUGUGUUACUGCCCCCGGGAAUGGAGGGCACAUUGUGUUACUGCCCCUGGGAGUGGGGGUCACAGCAUGUGUUACUGACUGAACAGAGGGCACAAUAUGUGUUACUGACCCUGGGCAUGGGGGGCACAGUGUGUUACUGACUGAACAGAGGGCACAAUAUGUGUUACUGACUCUGGGCAUGGGGGGCACAGUGUGUUACUGACUGAACAGAGGGCACAAUAUGUGUUACUGACCCUGGGCAUGGGGGGCACCGUGUGUUACUGACUGAACAGGGGGCACAAUAUGUGUUACUGACUCUGGGCAUUGGGGUCAACGUGUGUUACUGACUGCACAGAGGGCACAAUAUGUGUUACUGACCCUGGGCAUGGGGGGCACAGUGUGUUACUGAACCGGGGCUCAGCAUGUGUUACUGACCCCGGACAUGGGGGGGGGCAGUAUGUGUUACUUCGGGCAUGGGGGGGCACAGUGUGUGUUACUGACCAUGGGGGCAAGUGUGUGUUACAGAGGCGUAGUGUGUUACUGACCAUGGGGGGGGCAGUGUGUGUUACUGACUAUGGGCCAUGGGGGCACAGUCUGUGUUGCUGACCAUGGGCCAUGGUGGGCACAGUGUCUGUUACUGACAACAGGCAUGAGGGGGCACAGUGUGUGUUAGUGAGCCCGGGAAUGGGGGGCACAGUGUGUUAUUGACAACAGCCAUAAGGAUGUACCGUGUGUUUGUGACCACACGCACGGAGGGCACAGUGUAUGUUACUGACCCUGUGCAUGGGGAGCACAGUAUUUGUUACUGAACAUGGGCAGGGGGCACAGUGCAUGUUACUGAUUUUGGGCAUGUGUGUUACUGACUCUGGGCAUGGGGGCACAGUGUGUAACUGACUCUGGGCAUGGGUGGCACAGUUUGUUACAGAAUCUGGGCAGAGGGGCACAGUGUGUGUUACUGACUGGGCAUAGGGGCACAGCAUGUAUUACCGAACCCAGGAAGGAGGGGGCACAGUGUGUGUUACCGAACCCAGGCAUGUGGGGGCGCAGUGUCUGUUUCUGACAGCAGGGCACAAUAUGUGUUACUGACCCAGGGAAUGGUGGGCACAGUAUGUGUUACUGAACCUGGGCAUGGGGCUACAGUGUGUGUGUGUGUGUUAAUAGACCCCGGGCAUGGGGGCACAGUAUGUGUUACUGACCGCACAGAGGGCACAAUUAGUGUUACUUACUAUGGGCACGGGGGACACAGUAUUGGUAACUGAUCCUAGAAAUGGGGGCCAAAGUGUGUUACUGACUCUGGAUAUUGGGGCAUGGUAAAGGCUAUGAGUGGGAGCCAGAUUCAGGGAAUAGGGAGCACAGUAACUGUAAGCCUACUAGGCGCUUGGAGACAGAGCCUUAGGAGAGUGUGCUCCUGACACAGAUAUAAGCCAUAUACACGGGAGUCCACAUAAUGUACAUAGGUGGGGACACUGAACAAGACACAGUGUAACAAAUGUUCAUGAUGUUUAGUACAAGGCACAGUGCAAGAGAGCUGGAAUAUGAUGCAUAUGGCAAGGCAUUGUAACAGGACGUAUACAAGAUGUAUAGAGCAAGGCAAAGUGUAAUAAGACAAGAGUAUGAUGUCUAGAGCAAGAAACAGUGGGGAAAAUGUAUCAAAGUAUUCUGAAAAGUGUUGCAGUGCUCUUAAUGUAGACCAAUCACUGUGGAAACCACUGGAGACAACAGGCACUUUCAGAUGUUAAUUACUCCACUUAUAAAGCAUUGAAUUUCUGGUAAUCUCCCCCGAUGUGACAAGAGAUGGAGGUGAUGCACAGAGCAUGACACAGUGAAAGGUGAGCAGGAUAACAAAUAAAGCAUAAAGUCAGAAGCAGUGUAAUAGGAGAAAAACAUGAUGCAUAGAGCAAAACAACAGAAGAGGGAUAUGGGGCAAGGCAAUAUGAUGCAUGAGCAAGACAUAAUACAUCAAAAAGAUCAGAUACAUGAUUUAUUGAUUGAAACAUGGCAUAACAAGUCAUCGUACAUUAUUAGCAAGAUGCCUUGUGAUAGGGAGGUGAUACAAUGAGCAUAAAAUAGAGUAAAACUUGAGUGGGAUUAUGUAUGAAGCAAGGCACAUCGGAUGCUGCACAGAACAAGACAAUGUAAUAAAAGACGAUGUGUAGAACAAGACACAGUGUUUCAAGAGAAAGAAGAGUUUCUCUGAUAUCAUUCAUCAGAAUGACAUAGUCCAGGUGUAGGCAAACUUCGGCAGUCCAGAUGUUGUGGACUACAUCUCCCACAAUGCUCUUAGUCACAAUGCUGGCAAAGCAUCAUGGGAAGUGUAGUCCAAAACAUCUACAAUGCUGAACGUUGCCUAUCCCUGACAUAGUCUAUACAUCAUAGUGAGGAGGGGGCAGACUUAAAUGUAGGUGUGUGGGUUGAAAUGUACCAUUCGGACAAAUGGUACAACAAAUCUAUCAAAGAAGAGCCAGCUAUAUCGCUGACAUGUACUCACAGAGUUAAGAGUGCUCACAGAGUGCCUGAUAGUGAAAAUAAAAGGAAGUGGAACACACAGGUGAGGGUGAAAUGGCCUGCAUGGGUGAUGGCGGUAACAAAAAGGUAAUGAAAACAUUUCACAAUAAGGAGAAGCACUGGAAUAUUUUUAUUAUUGGAAUAUUUAACACUCUAAAUACCAUAGAUAUUUUUCAUCUAAUGAAUGCGCUGGUAAAUGAUUGAACAAAAGUAAAGGCUAUUAUGUGUACAGUGAAUCACACCGACUGAUCAUUUCCUCAUUUCAUAUAUACAUCUCCAAAUCAAGUCCCAUUAUCCUGACAUAACCUGUCAAUGUGAUAUAACUGCUUAGCAGGUAUAAGUUUAAUGAACAGAAUUUAUAAGCUAUUUGAGGUAAUCAAUGUGAGAGAUGGUGCAAUAAGUAACAAUGUGGUGUUCACAUAGAUGGGGACGAGAGAAGGAUCUAUUUAUGAGGCAGAGACGGGUCAUUCCUGUGACACAGAAAAAAAGAUACUGACAGAAGGGGUGUUAUUGAUUAUACAAAGAGGGGCAUCUAGUCAUUGGAAAGAAAGUUAGAGCCACUGAUGGGACAGUUGGAUAAGUAACCAGAGCAUGAGAUAUAGGCGGUACUAACACAAAUGUAACAGAUAAAGAAAGCUACUGAUUGGAAGAACAAACUACUGAAGAGAAACUAAAAAAUUGCACUGUUGGGCCUUUUUUACUGGGUGAAAACUUUUCCAAAAUGUAUCUUUAAAUAACUUCCUUCAGCUUCACCUUUAAAGACUUCAGUUAAAAACCUUAUUUAUCACUUUUUUAAUAUAUAACAUACAUACAAGAGGAUGGUAUUAGCUAGGGGAAACCACUUUGUUAGUUAAAAGAGGAAAGUUACUAGCGCAUCCAGUAACGUGAUUUUCGAAAAUCACAAAUUGUACAAAUUGUGCUUGCUGCAUUACAGUGAGACAUAGACUUGGUAUCCAUGUUUUCAAUUGUAAAUCAUACAAUCCAAAAAUGAGAUUAGACACUGUGGGAAAUGUAGUUCACAAACAUGUAGGGUACCAAGGCUAUCAUUCCAGUCUUAUAUUAUGACAUUCUGCUGUACCAACGUAAAAUUCCAUUCAUUUAUUUUGAUCAAAUGUCAAAUUUGUCAGAGUUAUUCACUAAUGUAUAAAUUGAUGGGCAUUAACAUGGGAAUUAUAAAUUUAAGCCUGAAGUAGCCAAUCUGUAAAAACAAUCCUCAAGUUAUCUAUUCUUUCAGCUCUGCAACUGUGACCAAAAUGUUAAAUAUCCUUGUCUGAUGUCCAUAAUUCAGAAAGAUUUUACAUAACAAUAAACUAACUUUAGUAAAUUUUAAAAUCGAAUUGCAAACUGGCUGAAGUUUUCUUUCCAGCUCUUUUUGUGUACGUUUUGCAAUUUGGUGUUAAUUCAUUUACUACAAUUUGUUGUUUAGGUAAUAAACAGCAUAUAGUUUUGCUCUUUUCUGACUGUGUAAUUUGUGAGCUGCAUUGUUGAUCCAAAGUAUCACGCUUUUUUUGCUUUUACUUUUUCAGUGUCCUUCCUCUAUUUACACAUAUACAGUGUGCUGUUUUUCCUAUAGAUAGAUAUAUACCCUGUUUGUUUAUCUGGUUCUCGUGGUUUCUGGGACACUCAGAGAUUUGUUCUGUAACUCAGUGUGUACACUGCCUGUGUCUACCUGCCGGGAAUGUGGGAUUUUUCCUGAUCGUCAGGGAGCUACAGCUCACAGCAUGAAGUUUAUUUCCACUGUCACAAAAAAGAAGGAAAAAAAUCCACAUUGAAUAGGUGUGAUCACAAACAAAAGCCAGUGAGAUAUGUUCACACUUUAGAACAUUAUCAUAUCUUUAUAUUUUCAUCACACUCCCCCCCACUGCACCAACAAAUUUAAAUGAGUUUGAAUGUUUGGUUUUGAAUGUGAAAUGAUUUUAGCUGGUGACAUAUUUAACUAGUCAGUGGACGUUUGGCAUAGAAAUGCAUACAGGGACACUCCACUGCCCAAAUACAAAAUAAAUAAAAAUCACUGUUUAGUAGAUAUACCCCAAAUGAAAAUCUGUAUGCAUUUAAUUAUGCAUUUUUUCAUUGGGGUUAUAUAUAAAAUAGUUUGCAAAAACUGCAGAUAGCUUGUCUGCAGCCUUUGCAACCCCUCCCCUUCUAACCAUGCCCAGACUUUCUGUGGCUGUCCAAUCACAGACUCCCCAAUGCAGCUCAAUGAGAAGUCUUUGCAAGGCAGGUGCUCUGGGCAAUUGCUGCCUCUUGAGUUCAUGAAAUAACAGGACCCCUCGUCUGCUUGAAAAGCCAGAGGAGUGUAGCCUGUACAAUUCUCAAUUUCUGUUGAAAUAUCCACUUUUUUUGCAAAAUGCAAGAACAUUGACACACUCUUCACACAUAAAGCAUUUCAGCAAGUUAAAGUGCUCUGGAGUAUCCCCUUAACAGCAUCAUAUCUCAGAAUAAAUUAAGUUGGAUACGCUGUUUUUAAAGUUAUUACAAACACGUUUAAAUAUAGAGAACCUAUAGCACUCUAUAGUUGGCUACACAUUCACUGUAAGAACAAGUUUGACAAUCUGCUCAGCUUGAAUCAAUCUGAACCUGUAGAAUUCACAAAUUUGCACCUUGCCACUGAUAUCACUAUUUAGGUAAGCUUUCAAUGCAUUUCCUUUUAAAGAUGAGCUGCUGAAAGUCACCAAAUUAAAAUAUAUGUGUACUUUUCAAUUAGUAUUAUACUUUUAUAAUGAGACAGUACCAGAGCCGAUAGGGAUAUUUCAUACUGUUUAGGUACCAAUACAGUUUUCAGCAAUUCUUUAACUUAGUCUGUUUGUGUCAAAGGAGCACUCCAGACCCCGAAAGCACUUUAGCUUGCUGAAAUGUUUUAUGUGUGAAGAGUGUGUCCUCCUUUUUCAUUCUGCUAAAAGUGCAGAUUUUAUUAGAAAUUUACACGAUUAUAAACCUUGUUACACGCUCGGCUUUCAAGCAGACAACCAAUCUUGUUACUUCCUGGUUUGGUUAGCUCAGUGGAACUAAACUCAAGGGGCAGCAAUUGCCUAGAGCACCUGCCUUGCAAACACUUCUCACUGAGCUGCAUUGGGAAGUAUGUGAUUGGACAGCCACAGAAAAUCUGGGCAGGAUUAAAGGGGAGGGCUUGUAAAGUUUGCCGAGAAGAGAUCUGCAGGUUUUGUAAGCUGUUUUUAGAAAUAACCCUGAAUGAACAAAAUGCAUAAUUAAAUGCAUGCAAGGUUUCAUUUGCUGUAAAUCUACUAAACAGUGAUUUUUAUUUAUUUUGUAUUUUGGCAGUAGAGUGUCCCUUUAAGUACACUAUAUGGCCAAGUGUAUGAUAAAACUCCUAAUUACUGAGUUCAGUCUCAUCCAUUACUAACAAGUGCAUAAAAAAAAUUCAUCACAUAAACCAUGUAUGUAGAUACAAAUUGAGCUCAGUGACUUUAAAAAUGGUACUGUCAUAAGAUACCACCUUUGCCACAAGUUAGUCUGUGACAUUUCUGCCCUCCUAGUUCUUACCUGGUCAACUGUAAGUGCUAUUAUUGUGAAGCAGAGGCACCUAGGGACAACAACAUCUCAACCUCUAAGUGGUAGACAACACACACUCACAGAGUGGGGCUGCCAAGUUCUGAAGUGCAUAAAAACUGUGCAUCACUCACUGUAGAGUUACAAACUGCUUCUGGAAGCAACAUCUGCCCAUGAUCUUCAUCAGGCUUCAUGAAAUAGAUUUCCAUACCGAGCAGCUAUACACAAGUCUCACUUCAGCAUGCACAAUGCAAUUGCACAGCACCACUGGACUCUUGAGCAGUGGAAACAAGUUAAGCUCUUUCUGGGAAUGGCAGAUGCCAGGAGAAUGCCGUCUACCAGAAUACAUAGGGUCUACUGUAAAAUUUGGUAAAGGAGAGAAUGGUCUGGCGCUGUAUUUUAAGGUUUGGGUUAGGCCCUUAGUUCCAGAGAAGGAUUAUCUUAAUUCUACAGGUGCUUCCAAAAGUUUAGGAAAAGCCAUUUCCUGUUCCAGCAUGACUGUGCCCCUAUGCACAGAAGUCCAUGAAGACAUCAUUUGAUGACUUUCGUGUGGAGGAACUCUAAUGGCCUGCACAGAGCCCUGACCUCAACCCCACUGAACAACUUUGGGAUGAAUUUAAACAACAAUUACAAGUCAGACCUUCUUGUCUAAUAUCAGCACCUGACCUCAUAAAUGCUCUUUUUUUCUGAAUGGGAACAAAUUCUAAAAGACAGAAUCCAAAAUUAAGUGUAAAACUGUCACAUUAGUGCUAUAGCUCCAAAAGAGGGGGUGGAUGGUUUGGGAUGGAAUGUCCAACAAGCUCAUAUAGGUGAGAUGGGCAAGUAUCCACAUAUGUUUGGUCCUAGAGCGGGGUAGAAAGUGUUUGGCACUCCAAAUUUUGCUAAUUACAUCUCCCCUGAUGCUCUGCCAGAACUAUUUCUCUAAUAGCUUUAUAAGAGAUUUAGUCCACAACAUCCUACCCCCUACCCCUGUCCUAGGAUUGCUUUCAAGACUACUUUAAAAGAACACUGAACGCAAAACAAUUUUGAAAAUAAAUAUAUAUAUAAAUAAGAAUACAAGACUUUAUUUUGUAGGUGUAAAUGUUAUCGGUUAUCGGCAGGUGCUUUCUGUUUGAUUGUAAGAAUCUAUCAAUUACUGUGCUAUCUUCUUUCAUUUUUAAGAUUUUUACAAUGCAGACUGUUUUAAAACGUUAUAAUUAUAUCCUUCUUAUAAUGUAAAAUAUAAUAGAUGUUGCCACUUAAAUUAAAUGUUUAAAUUUGUAAAAAUUGUGAGAGCAACCCUAAUCUAAUAAAAGCGAAACAGAGAUCCAAUCCUGGCUAAAUUACACUGAUCAUAGGGGAAAAGAUGAGCAUAAAAUCCAACAAAUUAGAUGCCCUGGCUCUGAUGAGGGUGUAGUUGGGAGUGUAAAUCACUGAAUUCAUUUGAAUAAUUUUAAGACAUUUGUAUUCCAAUCAUUUUGUCUAGUGAGUGAAUCUGGUUCUCAAAAGGCAAAAGGUAUACUUCAGGUUUGAGGUAAUGCAUUGAAAAAGUUUUAAUAAAAAACAAUUAUUGGAAGAGUAAAAAAAAUCUACUCAAUUUCCUUUGCAUGUUUCAAAUUUGCAGCUUCUCCAGAUAAUUGCAGCUGGGGUUUCUCAGCCAGUCCUACUUGUUAUUCUUGAUUAGCAUUUGUAUACCCCAUAAAACCCGUCUUCAGGAUUUAAAAAAAAGUCAGCUGUAAUGGUUAUAGUUCUUGGAGUGUUCCUUUACAAUUUAAAAGGACACUAUAGUCACCCAGACCACGUCAGCUCAAUAAAGUGGUCUGGGUGCCAGGUCCCUCAGGUUUUAACCCAUCAGAUGUAAACAUAGCAGUUUCAGAAAAACUGCUAUGUUUACAUUGCAGGGUUAAUCCAGCCUUUAAUGGCUGUCUUCCUGACAGCCGCUAGAGGUGCAUGUGCGAUGCUGGAUGCAAAAAUCGCAUUCAGCAUGCAGAACGACCAUAGGAAAGCAUUGAGAAAUGCUUUCCUAUGGACUGUUUGAAUAUGCACUCGGCUCUUGCCGUGCAUGCGCAUUCCGUUCCACUCUGGAGCUGACGGCUGCGGGGGAGGAGAGGUCACCAGCGCUGAGGGAGCCCGAAGUUGAUUAAAGUAAGUAACUGAAGGGGUUUACACCCUUCAGCGCCAAGGUAGGGGAGCCCUGAGGGUGGGGGGGACCUAAGGCUUAUAUAGUGUCAGGAAACGAGUUUGUUUUCUUGACACUAAAGUGAUCCUUUAAAGUUUGUAGAAUUGAGUUUUCUCAAUAAAGUAUGUAAGCAUUUGUAAUGUAGAUAUCUAAUGUAGGUUUGCUCCUCAGAUCAGUAUUUAGCAAUCUGUAUAUUGUACAGGUUUUGAUGUAGGUUUUUCUUACUAUUAUUAUUGCCAUUUAUAUAGCGCCAACAUAUUGCGUAACGCUUUACAAUAUUAUAGGAGGGGGGAUUUAACAAUAAAUAGGACAAUUACAAAAAAACUUACAGGAACGAUAGGUUAAAGAGGACUCUGCUCAAACAAGCUUACAGUCCAUAGGACGUUAUUAAACAUUUCAUUUUAUACCAUCAUUUUUGAAUAUUCGUAGGGAUAUUCCUUUUAAACAUACUGGUUGUUCAUUAUAAGAGAAAUUUCACAAUAUUUAACAAAACAGACAGUUAUGGCUUAGGUGUGAAACAUAACAAGUGCACAUUCAUCUCCCAAAAUACAAAUUUUAAGAUCACACUAUGGGACUUACUUCUACAGGGUUUAGGAUUUUGUAAGUAAACCACUAGAAGAAUUUUCAAAGUUUAUAUCCUUGUGGGCCUAAUGUCCUAUUAGGAUGUUGCAAUUUUGCAUAUAUUGUUUUAUAACUGUUAGUAAAUCAGUGACAGCAUCUCAGGAAUGCAACUUCCUUCAACAUAGAAUGUGGGAGUUUUCUCAUAAAAAGGGACUCUGCCCACUGAAGGAACAAGUUGAAACUGCUAAGACAUAGGUAUCUAAUACAUAGCAGACCAUUGAUAUAUCCACAUUCUAUAUGUAUAAUAUACAUAAAACGUUAAAAACAUUUAAUUAAAUGGACACUGUAGGUACUAUAACCAUUUCAUAUCAUGUCCCUCCAUUUAACUAUAAAGCUCUAAACAACUCUAGCCCUUGUUACAUUUCUUCACUUAUUCGUAGGUAUGCCCCUUCUCGGUCUCUCCGCUCUGCCGGUAACCAUCUCCUGUUCGCUCCUCACACCCUCACUGCUGACUCGCGCUUGCAGGACUUUUCACUGGCAGUUGCUUUCCCUUGGGAAAGUCUGCCAACCAAUCAGACUCUCUACUAGUCUUCAAUCUUUUACGAAAUUAAUCAAAACCCAUCUGUUUAGAAAUGUUUAUGGCCUCACAGAGUACCUUCUAUGUCACAAAUCUGCCUUCGGCUCUCUCCUAAAGAGUCACACUAAACUCUCUACUUUCUCACCUUGUUUGUUUUUAUUGUCCCCAUUGAUGCCCUUCCUAUUGUGUCCUUAUAUUCUACUACUCUAGACUGCAAGCUCUUCUGAGCAGGGUCCUCAUCUACCUAUUGAUCCUGUAAAUUUCACACUUUCAUAAUAUUGUAAAGCAUAAAUAUAUAAAUACUACUACUAAUAAUAAUUAAGAGUUAAACUAUUUUUAAACAGCUUAACACUGAAUGAGGGUCUCUGGCCACCCAUAGCAGUGCCCCUUUGAAGGUGCGACUAAGGCAAAGAUUACACACUUUCUUGUAGCCAUAAUGAUUCAUACCUGCAAUUGGCACUGUGAUAGACUGAAUGUGCUUUGCUGACACUUAAUAGAUCAAGCAGCACAGAGGAGAUUUAGCAUUAAAAACGGUUUAAUACUGAAUUGAAGGAUAGCGCCAAGGGACUCCAAACACUAUAACUAUUUCAAUGAGAUGAAGCAGUUAUGGUGCCCACAGUGUCCCAUUAAGAAGCCUAAUGAAUACCGUACAUUUUAUCCUUUAUGUCAGUCCAGAUAGGUUCAUGGGUGGAAAGAAGGCACUGAAUGAAUUAUUUAUGCAAGGUUAGGGAUCCCUCCUUGAUUAAUGAGUUGGUUUCCCUUCUUUAGAAUAUGAACACUAGUAUACUAUGCUGCUGGGCUUUACUAUUCACUUUACUGCACAUGACCAUGAAGAUAUUAUACAUGUCCAGAAGAACAUGGUCAACAUUGUAUCUAGACAUUGCAUUUAGAAGCAGUAUUAUUAGCUAUUGUUUUUAUCUGGAAUGAUGUCACUUCUUACAGUCUUUCCAAAAGGUGUAUCAUCCUUAAAGGAAUAACAUUGGACCUCCCUGCAGCUGUAUUCACAAAAGAAAAUGUGGCUAAUCCAGGAAUUCCCCUGAUUAUCAGAGCAGUAUUGGAAACUGAGGGCAGCUUGUAUCAGGACAAUCACUCCCAUUCGAAGGAAUAUUAGUGCUACAUUUUUUAAUGUUUUGUUGCUGUACAAAAUGUAGGGAGCGGCAGCGCUCUGCAUGUCACUCUCCAGAAGUGAGGUGUGUAUAUUUUGGAGGGGGCUCAGAAGCUGUUCUACCAAGAGAGGUAUGUGAAAUAUGUAUCUGACACUUGGUAAAACCCAAAGGAACAGUCCCACAGCAUUUCAUCAUUAACCCUUCGAGUGGCAGGGCAAGUGCAUAGUGCAACAUGGUGUUUCCCCUUUCUGGAACACCGAAUGUCUUACCAACAGUGAGUAAAGAUGAGUUGUGAGAAAUGCCAACUGGAUACAAAAAUCUGAUUUGAAGAUUUAUUUAUUUAUUUGACUCAGUUUAGUGAUUGCACAAGACCUUCCCCAACCCCCGAUAUGGUUCUCACUAUCUUCUGGUCAAGUCACAGUGGCUAAAUUUUACACAAAUAAGUCUUUAAAAUAAUUGUUAUUGAAGUAAAUUGAAGGUAGUUUGUAAAUUAAGGUCAAAUGUACUUUAUGCAAAACAAGUAGAAAAAACAAAUUUACACUGCUGCAGGCUCAGGUUGCCAGGGGUCAUUCUAAGGCAACAAGAAAUGUUUGAAUAUAUACAAGUGUUAGAAUACGAUCUCAUAAGCAAGGAGGAAAAGUUACUGACCAGGAUCUGUGAUGUGAUGAGCAAUCGGCUGACUUUAGAUGGAAAUCUGAUGAUGAUGCAAGGCCAGCAGGAUGCACCUAGUCUCUCUUAGAACCCCUGCUUCUAAAUAUAUUGCUUGUGCCUAACAAGAAAAAUUAAAAACGAGAAUAUGUUAUAGUUACUGCACAUAAUCGAUAUAGCAAUUACAGUUUUAAGUAAAAUUCUUGUAAACUUUUGCAGGGUUAUUUACUAAAAUGAGAAUUCAAAGUGAAUUUCACAUUUAUGAUCCAAACAGCAAAACUGGUAUAAUUCUGCAACUAUUUAAAAUCUGCAUUCUGCAAUUGAUUUUAAUAUAAUAAAAAAUGUAAUAGUUCUUCAAUUUCUUCACUUUCAAACUAAAUUCAGUUUGAGCAAAAUAGCUAUUUAGAGAAAGUAAAACAUAUAUAUUCAAGUUAUUAUUAAAGGAGCACUAUAGUGCCAGGAAAACAAACUUGUUUUUCUGGCACUAUAGGGUUAAUAUGUACCCCCUCCCACUGGGGUGAAGGGGUUAAAACCCUGUCAGCCACUUACCUAAAUUCAGCGCUGGGCUCUCUCGGCGCUGGUGACCUCUCCUCCCCCUGUAGACAUCAGCUCCUAAUGCAUAUGCGCGGCCAAAGCUGCACGCGCAUUCCAGCCGCCUAUAGGUAAGCAUUACCCAUUGCUUUCCUAUGGACAUCCAGCAUGCGUUCAAUGCGAUUUUCGCAUUGAGGAUCGCGGAAGCAGCCUCUAGUGGCUGUCAAGUAGACAGCCAAUAGAGGCUGGAUUAACCCUCAAUGUUUCUCUGAAACUGCUAUGUUUUCAGCUGCAGGGUUAAAACUAGGGGGACCUGGCAUUCAGAUGUGGAACACUAAAGUGUUAGGAAUACAAUCGCUAUAGUGCCCUGAUGGCCGUUUAGGUGACCAGCCCUCACCUGCAAAGAGAGAAAAAAAAGAGUAUUUGACUUACCUCCUCCCCUGCACCGCCAGUCUACAUAGCUGCCCCAGUGUUCUUGGCUGAGAACAUCGGGAUCGAUGAUCUCCAUCAAUCUAAUAUUUUCCCAUAUGAAAGCAUUGAAAGACUAAUGCAAAUGCACUGCACCAGUUAGAUGGUCUCUCUGAGAGCAUAUGCAAGGAUUAGCAGCGAUUUAUUUCACUGGACGUGCCUCUAGUAACAGUCUGAGUGCCAACCACUAGAGGGGGGAGAGGGGGCAUUUAAGCUGUAAUAAGCUGUAGUUUUUCUGGUGACAAUAGUGUCCCUUUAAGGUGUAUGAUUUUUUUUAAAGUAAACAGAAGCCUGCCAUUUAUUUGCACCUGUUUAUAUUGAGACUGCCGACUAUUGGCAUUAUGCAUUCAAGUAAGAAUUGUUGAGAGUUUAAAUAAAUUUUCAAAAUUAAGGCCAAAGUAGCUCAAUUGAAAAUAAUCUCACUUUGGCUACUUUGGAUUAAUUUUGAAAUUCACUUUGAAUUCUUACUACAUAUCUCCAGAUAGAUUGAAUUAAUUUACUUUCAGGAGCCAGGGAUAGAUCUCCAUGGACAUAACCUGCAACAUUAGUAUUUGUAUUUGGUUUUGAGAUUUUUUAUUUUAUUUCCUGGGUUAUUGAUUAACCCAACAGUCAUUGUCUAACAUGUAAAUCCAUAAUUGUAGAAAGAGGAAGCACAUAUAUUUUAUGUAAACUAAGGUUAAAUAUGUUAUAAUGAUAAUUCAAGUGUCAUAAACUGCAUUGUUAAGUAUUCAAACCGUAUUAAAAACAGUUUGACAUCUUACCUGGGUUUGCUGGACCCUGCAAGGCUUAAGGCAUUAAGUAUCGGGCUCUCCGUCAUUAUAGUGGAGGCAUGGAACAGAGCCUGGCGGACCCCAGGUUAGAACUCAAUCCAUUUUAAAAUGAUUUCACUAUUUACAGUGGGAAAAGGGUGCCACGGCACUCGUGGGACUAUGACCACUACAGGACACCGUAGUUAUUAUGGAGCUUGGAGUAUUUCCAUAAAGCAGUGGUUCCCAACCCAGUCCUCAAGUACCCCCUAACAGUUUCAGAGAAAGAAAAAAAAAAACACUUUAGACACAACAGGGUAAUCCCUAAAUCCUGGACUGUUAGGGGGUACUUGAGGACUGGGUUGGGAACCCCUGCCAUAAAAGAACACUCCAAUGAGAUUUAUUUUUAACAAUUUAGUAGACAUAACUGAAAGCUAGGUAGUCUUCCAACAGACACAUGUUCCUGGUAGAGAAGGCAGACGCCUUCCAGCAUAGCAUGCCUGCAACUUCUGUUAGCUCUGUGGAGCUAACAGUAUUAGGAAGAAAACCUGGGAGCCUUGGGCAUGUAAGGGAGUUGUUUAAAGUACUUACUAAAGUGUAAUUUCAACUAGAAACCACUACUUUUAUACAUUUCAAUUAAGAGGAGAUGUUCCUAACACAUAAAGCACUUCAGCUAACUGAAAUGCAUUGUGUGUGGAGUGCCAUUUUAAGACCAAAAUAGUGAAGUUGUAACAUAUUUUCCAGCUUAACUCAUUUUCACAAAUCAACAAAUAUGGCCUAAAGUUUUUCAAUCCCUUUGUCACAUAAACAGAAUUCCCAAUUUAGUAGAUAAACUAUAUUUAUUCCAAUUUAGAGAUUAUUUUACAUAAUAACAAGAUAAGUAGAACUUGCCUAACUCACCCAGCAUCUCUCUCUCAAGGUGCCAUAUUUUAUAAACUAAUAAAAUCACUCACAGGAGCAGACGUAUGAUAGACGAGCUCCGCUAAAAUCAGCAAUUAUAUGACCCAAAUUACACUAACUUUAUCCCACACCGAGCUAUUACAAGAUGGGGAAGAAAUCUAAGCAUCAGGGAAUGGUCAAAGCAGCAGGGUCCCGCGAUAUCGGAGACCUUAACCUUCGUCCCACUAUGGCCUCAGGAACUCCCGCGCCAAAAGAAAAUGGUGACUCAACCUCGGCCUCCUCCUUAGACCAAGCGCUGAAUAAGCUAGACGAGUUCCCAAACACAGGGGGAUUACCCGGGGCCAUAACACAGAGCCAGGGAGCGGAGCCUGGGGCCAUAACACAGAGCCAGGGAGCACAGCCCAGGGCCAUAACACAGAGCCAGGGAGCGCAGCCCAGGGCCAUAACACAGAGCCAGGGAGCGCAGCCCAGGGCCAUAACACAGAGCCAGGGAGCGCAGCCCAGGGCCAUGACACAGAGCCAUGGGUCAUAACACAGAGCCAUGGGGCCCGGGGCCAUAACAGAGCCAGGGAGCCCGGGGCCAUAACACAGAGCCAGGGGGCCCGGGGCCAUAACACAGAGCCAGGGAGCCCGGGGCCAUAACACAGAGCCAGGGGCCAAAAUACAGAGCCAGGGAGCGCAGCCCAGGGCCAUAACACAGAGCCAGGGAGCGCAGCCCAGGGCCAUAACACAGAGCCAGGGAGCGGAGCCCGGGGCCAUAACACAGAGCCAGGGAGCGCAGCUCAGGGCCAUAACACAGAGCCAGGGAGCGCAGCCCGGGGCCAUAACACAGAGCCAGGGAGCGGAGCCUGGGGCCAUAACACAGAGCCAGGGAGCACAGCCCAGGGCCAUAACACAGAGCCAGGGAGCGCAGCCGGGGCCAUAACACAGAGCCAGGGAGCGGAGCCCGGGGCCAUAACACAGAGCCAGGGUGCAGAGCCCGGGGCCAUAACACGGAACAAGGGAGCCAGGGGCCAUGACACAGAGCCAUGGGUCAUAACACAGAGCCAUGGGGCCCGGAGCCAUAACACAGAGCCAGGGGCCAUAACAGAGCCAGGGAGUCCGGGGCCAUAACACAGAGCCAGGGAGCCCGGGGCCAUAACACAGAGCCAGGGGGCCCGGGGCCAUAACACAGAGCCAGGGGCCAUAACACAGAGCCAGGGAGUCCAUGGCCAUAACACAGAGCCAGGGGCCAUAACACAGAGCCAGGGGGCCCGGGGCCAUAACACAGAGCCAGUGGGCCCGGGGCCAUAACACAGAGCCAGGGCCAUAACACAGAGCCAGGGAGUCCGGAGCCAUAACACAGAGCCAGGGGCCAUAACACAGAGCCAGGGAGUCCAUGGCCAUAACACAGAGCCAGGGGCCAUAACACAGAGCCAGGGGGCCCGGGGCCAUAACACAGAGCCAGGGGGCCCGGGGCCAUAACACAGAGCCAGGGCCAUAACACAGAGCCAGGGAGUCCGGAGCCAUAACACAGAGCCAGGGGCCAUAACACAGAGCCAGGGGCCCAGGGCAAUAACACAGAGCCAGGGGGCCCAGGGCCAUAACACAGAGCCAGGGGCCCAGGGCCGUAACACAGAGCCAGGGGCCAUAACACAGAGCCAGGGGCCCAAGGCUAGCUGAGUAACCUGAGAGACUGCACAACGAAAGGUGCGGAGCCCACUUAUUCUGGCGGGGAAAAUGUCUGUCAGCUCUCUCACUAACAGCCCCGCCCCCUCACACUCAAGAAAAUUAACAGAAUCUCCAGUGUUAGUCUUUAAUCAUAUUAACUAGUCACCAUACAUGUUAACUAGGCUUCAAUCGUGUUAACUAGUCACCAUACAUGUACAUUAGCCUUCAAUCAUAUUAACUAACCUUCAAUUAUGUAAGCUAGUCACAAAUUUUAGCUAGCCUCCAAUUGUUAAUAAGUCACCAUAAGUGUUAACUGGCUUCCAAUUAUUUCAGUCAUAUAUAGGUUAACUAGCCUCCAAUCAUGUUAGUCACCAUACCUAUUAACUAGCCUCCAAUCAUGUUAAUUAGUCACUAUACCUGUUAACUAGCCUCCAAUCAUGUUAAUUAGUCACUAUACCUGUUAACUAUCCUCCAAUCAUGUUAGUCACCAUACCUAUUAACUAGCCUCCAAUCAUGUUAAUUAGUCACUAUACCUGUUAACUAGCCUCCAAUCAUGUUAAUUAGUCACUAUACCUGUUAACUAGCCUCCAAUCAUGUUAAUUAGUCACUAUACCUGUUAACUAGCCUCCAAUCAUGUUAGUCACUAUACCUGUUAACUAGCCUCCAAUCAUGUUAAUUAGUCACUAUACCUGUUAACUAGCCUCCAAUCAUGUUAAUUAGUCCCCAUACAUAUUAACUAGCCUCCAAUCAUGUUAAUUAGUCACCAUACCUAUUAACUAGCCUCCAAUCAUGUUAAUUAGUCACUAUAACUGUUAACUAGCCUCCAAUCAUGUUAAUUAGUCACUAUACCUAUUAACUAGCCUCCAAUCAUGUUAAUUAGUCACCAUAUAUGUUAACUAGCCUCCAAUCAUGUUAGUCACCAUACCUAUUAACUAGCCUCCAAUCAUGUUAAUUAGUCACUAUACCUGUUAACUAGCCUCCAAUCAUGUUAAUUAGUCACUAUACCUGUUAACUAGCCUCCAAUCAUGUUAAUUAGUCCCCAUACAUAUUAACUAGCCUCCAAUCAUGUUAAUUAGUCACCAUACAGGUUAGUCUCCAGCCAUUUUUUUGUGUGUAAUAUCAUACUAUGUAUGAUAAAUGAAUCACUGUUCUGGCUAUUAGCUGGUUAUACCAUGCUAUGUGUCUUAUAGCACGAUACAUGUGUUAUAGCAUGCUACAUGUGUUAUAGUAUGAUCUGUGUUAUAUUUGUGUUGUUAUGUGUCAUAGUAUGAUAUGUGUGGUAUAUAUGUGUUAUAGCAUGCUAUGUGUUAUAGUAUGAUAUGUGUGGUAUGCUAUGCUAUGUGUAUUGAAGUAUAUGUGUUCUAUAGUAUUAUAUUCGUGUUACAGUAUGAUGUGUGUUAUGGUAUAUGUGUGUUAUAGUGUGUGUUUUAUAGUAUGAUAUGUGUGUUAUAGCAUGAUGUCUGUUAUAGUAUGUGUGGUAUAGUAUGAUAUGUGUUAUAUAAUGUGUAUAUGUGUUUUAUAGUACGUGUGUUAUAGUAUGAUAUGUGUGUUAUAGUAUUACGUGUGUUAUAGUAUAUGUGUGUUAUAGUAUGUUUUACAUAAUAUGUGUGUUAUAGUAUAUGUGUGUUAUAAUAUGUUAUGUGUGUUAUAGUAUAUGCUAUGUGUGUGUUAUAGCAUGAUGUUUGUUAUAGUAUGUGCUUUAUAGUAUUAUAUGUGUUAUAGUAGUGUGUUAUAGCACAAUGUGUUUUAUAGUAUGUGUUAUAGUAUAUAUGUUUUAUAGUAUGUGUAUUAUAGCAUGAUGUUUAUUAUAGUAUGUGUUAUAGUAUGAUAUGUGUGUUAAAGUCUGAUAUGUGUUAUAGUAUGUGUGUUAUAGCAUGUGUUAUAUAUAGUAUGAUAUGUGUGUUCUAGUGUGUGUUUUAUAGUGUGAUAUGUGUGUUAAUGUGUGUUAUAGUAUAUAUGUGUUAUAGCUUGAUGUUUGUUAUAGUAUGUGUUUUAUAGUUUGAUAUGUGUGGUAUAGUAUGUGUUUUAUAGUAUAUGUGUUAUAGUAUGGUGUGUUAUAGUAUUACGUGUGUUAUAGUAUGAUGUGUGUUAUAGUAUGUUUUACAUAAUAUGUGUGUUAUAGUAUAUGUGUGUUAUAAUAUGUUAUGUGUGUUAUAGUAUCAUAUGCUAUGUGUGUAUGUUAUAGCAUGAUGUUUGCUAUAGUAUGUGUGUUAUAGUAGUGUGUUAUAGCAUGUGUUUUAUAGUAUAUGUGUUAUAGUAUAUAUGUUUUAGAGUAUGUGUGUUAUAGUAUGUGUAUUAUAGCAUGAUGUUUAUUAUAGUGUGUUAUAGUAUGAUAUGUGUGUUAUAGUAUAUGUGUGUUAUAGCAUGUGUUAUAUAUAGUAUGAUAUGUGUGUUCUAGUGUGUGUUUUAUAGUGUGAUAUGUGUGUUAUAGUAUAUAUGUGUUAUAGCUUGAUGUUUGUUAUAGUAUGUGUUUUAUAGUUUGAUAUGUGUGGUAUAGUAUGUGCUUUAUAGCAUGAUGUUUGUUAUAGUAUGAUGUUUAUUAUAGUAUAUGUUAUAGCAUGAUGUUUUUUAUAGUAAGAUAUGUGUGUUAUAGUAUGAUAUGUGUGUUAUAUAGCAUGAUGUGUUUUAUAGUAUAUGUGUAUUAUAGUAUGAUAUAUGUGUUUUAUAGUAUGAUAUGUGUAUUAUAGUAAGAUAUGUGUUAUAGUAUGAUAUAUGUGUGUUAUAGCAUGAUGUGUUUUAUAAUGUGUUAUAGUAUAAUGUGUGUUAUAGUGUAUGUUUUAUAAUAUGUGUUAUAGUAUUAUAUGUGUUAUAGUAUAUGUGUAUUAAAGUAAGAUAUAUGUGUUAUAGUAUGUGUGUUACAGUAUGAUAUGUUUUAUAAUAUAUCUGUGUUAUAGCAUGAUGUGUUUUAUAAUGAUAUGUGUGUUAUAGCAUGAUCUGUUUUAUAAUAUAUGUGUAUUAUGAUAUGUGUAUUAUAGUAUGAUAUAUGUGUGUUAUAGAAUGAUAUAUGUGUAUUAUAGUAUGACAUGUGUAUUAUAGCAUGAUAUAUGUCUGUUAUAUAGUAUGACAUAUGUAUUAUAGUAUAUGUGUAUUAUAGUGUGAUAUAUGUGUGUUAUAUAGUAUGAUAUGUGUGUUAUAGUAUAUGUGUAUUAUAGUACGAUAGGUGUGUAUUAUAGUAUGAUAUGUGUAAUACAUAUAGUAUGAUAUCUGUAUUAUAGUAUGAUAUAUAUGUGUUAUAUAGUAUGUGUGUUAUAUGAUAUAUGUGUAUUAUAGUAAGAUAUGUGUUAUAGUAUGAUAUAUGUGUGUUAUAGUAUGUGUGUUAUAGCAUGAUGUGUUUUAUAAUAUGUGUGUUAUAGUAUGUGUGUUAUAGUGUAUGUUUUAUAAUAUAUGUGUUAUAGUAUUAUGUGUUAUAGUAUGUGUAUUAAAGUAAGAUAUAUGUGUUAUAGUAUGUGUGUUACAGUAUGAUAUGUUUUAUAAUAUCUGUGUUAUAGCAUGAUGUGUUUUAUAAUGAUAUAUGUGUUAUAGUAUGAUAUAUGUGUGUUAUAGCAUGAUCUGUUUUAUAAUAUAUGUGUAUUAUAAUAUGAUAUGUGUGUUAUAGUAUGAUAUAUGUGUGUUAUAGUAUGACAUGUGUAUUAUAGCAUGAUAUAUGUGUGUUAUAUAGUAUGAUAUGUGUAUUAUAGUAUGUGUGUUAUAGUAUAAUGUGUGUUAUAGUGUAUGUUUUAUAAUAUGUGUUAUAGUAUUAUAUGUGUUAUAGUAUAUGUGUAUUAAAGUAAGAUAUAUGUGUUAUAGUAUGUGUGUUACAGUAUGAUUUGUUUUAUACUAUAUCUGUGUUAUAGCAUGAUGUGUUUUAUAAUGAUAUGUGUGUUAUAGCAUGAUCUGUUUUAUAAUAUAUGUGUAUUAUAGCAUGAUAUAUGUGUGUUAUAUAGUAUGAUAUGUGUAUUAUAGCAUGAUGUAUGAUAUGUGUAUUAUAGUAUGUGUGUUAUAGUAUAAUAUGUGUGUUAUAGUAUGUGUAUUACAUAUAGUAUGAUAUCUGUAUUAUAGUAUUAUAUAUUUGUGCUUAUAUAGUAUAUGUGUAUUAUAGUAUGUGUGUUAUAGUAUGAUAUAUGUGUGUUACAGUAUGAUAUGUGUGUUACAGUAUGAUGUAUGUGUUAUAAUAUAUAUGUAUAUUAUAAUAUGUGUGUGUGUGUGUUGUAGUAUGAUAUUUCUAUAUAUGUGUGUGUGUUAUAGUAUGAUAUAUGUGUGUUAUAAUAUGUGUGUGUGUGUAUUAUAGUGUGUGUGUUGUGUAUGUGUAUUAUAGUAUGAUAUACAUGUGUAUUAUAAUAUAUUUGUAUGUGUGUUAUAGUGUGUGUGUGUGUAUUAUAGUAUGAUAUAUUUGUAUUAUAGUAUGAUAUAUUUGUAUUAUAGUAUGAUAUAUUUGUAUUAUAGUAUGAUAUAUAUAUAUAUGUGUAUUAUAGUGUGUGUGUGUGUGUGUGUGUGUGUGUGUGUGUGUGUGUGUGUGUGUGUGUGUGUGUGUGUGUGUAUGAUAGUAUGAUAUAUAUGUGUGUGUAUUAUAGUAUGAUAUAUGUGUAUUAUAGUAUGAUAUAUGUGUAUUAUAGUAUGAUAUAUGUGUGUGUAUUAUAGUGUGUGUUAUAGUGUGUGUGUGUGUAUUAUAGUAUGAUAGUAUGAUAGUAUGACAGGUGUCCCUGUGCUGGCUGCAGUCUAGCCUCCCUGGUGUUUUACCAUAGUAUAAUAACAUGCAGCAGUUGUGUCUCCAGGUAGCUGGCUGGCCAUGUUACUCUCUGACUGACUGACAGAUAUUGACCUAUCUCUUAGCAUGGCCCUGGCCGCACCCACCUCAGACAGGAGACACUCUAUCUCCAUGAGUCUCUCCACUCUAUGGUUUACAUAGGCCGCCCAUGAGGAGCUCGAUCAGCCAAUCAGCGGAGGCGUCUGAUAUAUGUGCCCGGCUUGGUAACCAAUGAGGUGAAUGAUUAGAUAUAUAGCCAAUGAUGGGCCAUGCUGCAGGUGCUGAGUCCGCCAUCUUGGUACCUGGCAGGGAGCUGGGUUAUUUAGUGAAGGUAGAAGCAGUAAGCAGGUGAUGCGUUGUGUUAAUAGAAUGGAUUCCCCCAGCUAUAAUGUACACAAACUGCCAUGUGAUAAAAUCAAUAAUUCAGUAUAAUCCUAUCAAUGUGAGUGGUAUUAUUAAUUAUGAGCUGAUACUGGGAGCCAUGGGACCUGUUUGAUGGGGAUUGGGACAUUUCUGCUUCACACUUUGCAUGUUUUGUGACCCAGAUCCAAUGGUUGGGGUUUUAUUUUAUUUUUAUUUAUUUUUUUCUAAUAAACUCUAACAUUAGCCCACAAGUAGUAACCAAUCAUUGAUUUCCAUAAAUCCCAAAUAAUCAGGACUAUUAUUCUGACCUACACAUUCACAUUCAUUGCCCUGUCAAUCUGUACAUCUUAAUCAAAAAUGCUGUGUUUACUAAUGCGUCCAUAUAAUUAUAAGCAGGGCUGGAAAUUUCCACUGGUUCACUGGCCUGUGACAAGUUAGAAAAUCCUGGUUUACACCGUAUGGAUUAAUAACUAUCCCGCUCCUAACUGCUAAACGUCUUUAUAAUGUAUCCAGGCUUGGUGAUGUAAAUUACCUGUAUUUCACAUGGUAUUAUUUGGAAUUCUCCUGUCUAAUGUUUUCUCGCGUAUAGUGUUUCCUUCUAAACUACCCAGUAUGGCUUUCAUUCACUGAGAAUAAUUGCAUUUUUGCCGAAAUUCUCCAGCUCAGCUUUUAAUUACACUUAGCCUCAUAGUUUGGCAAAUCCCAGUUCAGUGAAUAAAACCCAGUGUGUGUGGUAGGGGCACGGAAUAUGCUCCCAGCAAAAAUCAUAGAAUUUUUUACCACAGGAGCCAUUUACACACUGUCUCGGAUGCGUAUCUGUGCAGUGAUGUAAUCAGAAUUAACACUUUAAAAGCCUUGGAGGUUAAAAAUAAAUAAAUUUUAAAAGUACUGUUUACCGUAUGUGUUCUAGGGAUAGAGCUUGGGUGGCUGUUGGGGCUUCAACUCUAGAAGUUAAAAUAAAGGCUUUAAUUGCAUCAGACAGCAUAAAGUUAAUUUCUAAUCCAGACUGAGAGGUUCUAUGUGCAGGCUAAACAUUUAUGUUAGGUGUAGUUCUACAAUGGGGUAAGUGCACUUUUGGCCACCUUGUUCUACUAGAGCAGUAGUUCUUAACUCCUGUGUUGUGACCCAUAAUUUGGCACCCAUGCUAUUUUAUUGGGUCCUUAACCGUUGGAAUAUGCACGUCAUACAGGCAUUUUUUUUUUUAUUGGGUCCUUAGCCGUUGGAAUAUGCACGUCAUACAGGCAAUUUUUUUUUUUUUUAAUAUUUCAAUUUUAGUGUUUUAUGUUAAAAUCUUAAAGUGGAUCACCAAACUAAUUGUGUAAAUCAUGAACGUUUAAAUACAGUUGUAAAUGAAUGAAUGUAAAGAUAGUUUGUGUCCCUUGUAGGAAAGGUUAAGAAACCACUGAUCUGAGUUAUAGAAAGGAAUAAGGUAUAUUGUGCAUGCUGCACCUUGCAUUACAAUGGACUCAAGUGCUAUUUAUAGUCUGCAAACAACAUUAAAGCCAUUUUUCCAUGUAAAAGGUGUUCAGAAAAGGUGAACAUAUUUUUUUUUUUUAUGUUUGCUUUGUUUUAGCUCAGAAUUAAAACAAAAAAACUGAAUUCUAGUUGAAAAGCGCCAAAUGUCAAUAUGUUUACCUUCUGGGUCUGGUUCCAGGUCAUCAAAACACAAACCACCCUACCUGACUUUUACUGCUUCACUUCUCAGGACUGCUGGGUGCCGCUGCUGUCAUUAAGUUACAAUAAGAAAUCACUGACAUUUCAACUGUAAGUGAUUGCUACCAUUUAAAGCAACAGUAAACAUAAACAUAAUUUUCCAUUUGUGUCCAGGAGUCAGUGAAGAAACUUAUAAAUUGCUGUAAAGCUCACAGAUUUAAUUAAUUAACUUGUCAUUCAAAGGAUGAGGUGAACAUGCACAUUUUUGUGUGUGAGUACAAGGUACGUUCGCUCUCGGUUGCGUUCUCUGUCUGUUGUGAUCAGAAUUAAACCCAUGUGGUACCCAAUAAAUGACUAUUAUAUGGACCAGUGUGGCAGGCUCUUCACAUAUGUAGUAGUAUCCCUGGUCUCACUCUACCAAUGUCUACAGUACAGACCCACGUGGCAGGUUUCCACAACUAUGGUAUGAAUCCUUGUCUUGCUCUAUCCAUCCCUGUGGUAUGAAACUUGCUUCAGAGUGCGUGGAGUGCCCAUGAAUGUUCGUUUUGGAUCCAUUGUGUCUUUAUCUUGUUUUACAAUCCUUUAGUUUCCUCAGAGUGAUAAGAAAAUCUUGUAGAUUGGGGAUGCAGUUCAUUUGUCAGAAUAACAACAAAGAGACAUUUUAAUAUUGCAUUUUCAUAGUAAAAUAAGCAAAUAUAAUUACCCAUGAUACUGCAUUCUAGAGCUGUCUUCUUCUAAAAUAUAACUUUUGAUGAACCUGUGUAUUAGCUCUUCAGAGUUGAGGCUGGUUCAUUCGGUGGAAAGUGUCAGCUGAUUGCUUUCAGCCAAUGCGCUAAGCCCUGCACUGCUAGGCUUACCUUAUACAGAGAGCUUUAGGCUCUUUGUCUGCAGUAGUGGAGACAGGGAGCAGCACCUGGAAUACCCAAGGUAAGCUGUCAAAGUGCUCUAAAAUGGUUUGACUGCUUACAAUUGAGGCGCCAGGGCACUAUUAGCACCAUAACCACUAUAGCACACUAUGUUGUUUAUGGUAUUUAGAGUGUUCCUAUAAGACAAGCAAUAUGAGAGAGUAAGGUUAGUACUGAUGGGGUAAACUGUAUCAGUUACCCAUGUCUUUUGUUUCUUAUACACCCUUUUCACUAAAUGAUGAGUUUUAGCAAAUUAAAACCAAAUGGCAAAAUGAAUGCUAAAAUAGUAUAUUUAGAUAAAUUCUCCAAUUGAGCCAUGAUGAGCCAACAUAGUUGUGUCUGCUCUGAAACAUGAGCUAAAAUGUAAGCCACCAGCUUUGGCAUAUUUUCAUGUCAGGCAACAUUGUGACAACAGACAAUACCAAAAUCAAAAUAUCAAGGAUAGGUGAAGGCAUUACAAUCAAUAAGUGAUAAAUAGAAAGUUCUAGUGACUCCUAUAAUUCAGAUCUAAUAUUCAAGGCAUAAACUGGACAGUACGAAAUGUUGGUAUGGUGCACAUAAAGUACAUAGGGGCUUCAGCACAGAUGCAACAUUAUAGUGAAUUAAAAACAAUAUUGUUUAAUUGAGGCUGAAGUAGCCAGAUUGUGACUCUAACUUGUUUGCUUAAAUAUUGCACGGUUUUCAGUUGUAUACAUUUCAGUGUUUAUAAAUCCUAAAUUCUCAACAGUACCAGUCAUUGAUGAGUACAGUAAGCACCAUAACCACUACACAGUGCAUUAAUAUUGAGUGAGUCACUUGCUAGUGAGGCUACAUAAUGGGUAACAAGAAAAGGCUGGGUUAUUACAGUGAUUGCAAUUAUUGGAGGUUAGAAGCUAAAUACAUUUCCUGGGGCUUGCAUAGAGUGCGUAGAAACACUGUUAGGGUUUACACAGUAAAGGUUGAAAUGUUGAUAAUAAAAUGUUUUGGAAGACAAAUAGAGAAAUAAAUCCAAUGAUUCAGUCAGAGAGAACAAAGCAAAAAGACUAGAUGGACUGCUUAGUUCUUAUCUGCUGUCGUUAUCAGGGUUUCCAUGUUUAGGUUUCUAUGCUACACUAGAUUCCUACUAAUACUAUGCUCUGUGACAUAAAAUGUCUGUGAAGUGUGCCUCCAGGGCAUUUAAUGGAAUACCUUCACUUUAUAGAUAGUAAAAGAUCACAGUUAGAUAUAUUUUAGACAUUUAUGUAUGUUUGUAUAUUAAAGGGACACUAAUGUAAGGAAUACAAACUUGUAUUUCUCCUAUUAGAGUGUUCUACAGGCUAUUUAGAUUUGAGGGCCACCCCAAAAGUCGUAAAAUAAAACGUUUUGCUUACCUUUAGGCGCCUGAUUAUCUCAAUCAAACGUUUCCCUAGAGGGAAGCAUCGGUGGGGGCUGGUGCGGAAUGAUGUUCAGUGUUUUCUUGCAGACCAUGGAGAUGCUGGACCUUGCUUCUGCAAAGAUUGCAGGAUUGCACCAGGAAACCCUUCUAGUGACUGUCUGAGUGACUGCCACUAGAGGUGGCAUUAAGCAACAAUGUAAACACUGCCUUUUUUCAGAAAACUUGGUGUUUGCACUGCUCAGCUUGCAGGGACAAUCUAUGCGCCCCACAACCACUACAUUAAAGGAACACUCCAGGUGCCAUAACAACUUCAUUGAAAUUAAUGGAGCUUCAUACACUAAUCUGCCACAACAUUAAAGCCACUGAGAGGUGUAGUGAGUAACAUUUAUUAUAUCGGUACAAUGGCACCUGUCAAGGGGUGGAUAUAUUAGGCAGCAAGUGAACAGUCAGUUUUUGAAUUUCAUGUGUUGGGAGCAGGAAAAAUUAGCACACUGAGACAUUGACUGACAGCUGGGAGAAAAGCAUAUUUUGAAAAAGCUUUUUCUCCUAUUCUGUACAUUUGCCAGCAAGACUGCUAGCACAAUACAGGGAGAGAAUCGUAUGCUCAAUCAAAUGAGCAUACGUUGUUUGGGGCAUGACAGUGCCCUUUAAGCAGUCUUUAAGAUAAUCCUAUAGGAAUUCAGAUGUGUGGUGAUGUUACUGGCCUGGAGGGGUCAACCAAGUGAGCAAUUGACCCUGAAGCUAAAGUAUUUGAAAGGUUUGAUUGUAACUGUAUGCAGUCACAGGGGGAAUCGAAAAAUAUAACCAGGCCUUUAUACAUAUCCACCUUCACUUUAUUUUUCUGUGAUCCUUUUUGAGCUUAGAGCAGCGGUAGCAUCCCUCACCUCUAUGGCUGGUGUGGAACGGCAAAAUUAACAAGGCUUUGCAAUAUUGGGGCUGUAGGUCUUGCAAUGUUGGGGCUGUAGGUCUUGCAAUGUUGGGGCUGUAGGUCUUGCAACAUUGGGGCUGUAGGUCUUGCAAUAUUGGAGCUGUAGGUCUUGCAAUGUUGGGGCUGUAGGCAGGGCCGGACUGGGAAAAAAAUUAGGCCCGGGCAUUUUUCAAUCAGAGCGGCCCCCUAAGAAGGGGGCGGGGCCAGAGAGUGUGUGUUUUGUCAUCACUAAUCUCAAAGUGAGCAUGUUGGUUCAAUGCCCAGAGCCCCGCUGAAGAGCUCUGGCAUUAGAAAAAGGCCCCCAAAUUUGUUCUGCGCAGCGCAAGCAAAUUUAAUAACAUGCUUGCGCUGUGUUUGCUUUUAAAUUGUCUCUGGUGUCUCCACAAGUGGGAUACCAGAGGACAAAAGGGCCAGGAAAGUGCAUGGUGCAUAUGUUUGGAGCCUGCUUGUGGGAUUGCGUGUGUGUAGAGUGUGGUGUGGUAUUGUAUAAAUAGGUCAAUAUAAUUUGUGUUUGUGGUGUAAUAUGUGUGGCUAGGGGCUGUAGAGAGUGUGUGUAUAAGGGGCAUAGUUUUAUAGGGGAUGCAGCGAGUGUGUGCAUACAGGCUGAAGUGUGUGUGUAUAGGUGACGUAGUGUGUGUAGGGGUUGCAGAGAGAGUCUGUUUAGAGAAUGUUGUAUGUGUUUGCUGACAAGGAAUGUAGUGUGUGUGUGUAGGAGAUCUACUGUGCAAAUGACCCAGUUUGUGUGUGUGUGUGUGUGUGUAGAGGAUUAAGAGUGCAUAUAGGGUAAGGGAUCUAGUGUGUAUCUGGAGCGUAAUGUGUGUAGUGGUGCAGUGUGAGGGGUGCUGUAGUGUGUGUGUGUGUGUGUGUGUAUGUAUAUAUUUAUAUAUAUUUGGACUUAUUGUAUGUGUGAAGGGCGCAGUGUGUGUAUGUAAGAGGGGUGCUGUGUGUGAGGGUGUUUUUAUCUGCUGUCACAUUCUGUGUGCUGUGUGUGUCUGGGUGCUGUGUGUGUCUGGGUGCAGUGUGUGUCUGGGUGCUGUGUGUGUCUGGAUGCAGCGUGUGUCUGGGUGCAGCGUGUGUCUGGGUGCAGUGUGUGUCUGGGGGUGCAGUGUGUGUCUGGGGGUGCAGUGUGUGUCUGGGUGCAGUGUGGGCGCGCCUGUGUGUGUCUGUGGUGCUGUGUGUCUGGUGCUGUGUGUGUCUGGGUGCACUGUGUGUGUCUGGUGGUGGGUGUGUGUCUGGGGGUGUGUGUGUCUGGGGCUGUCUGGGGUGCUGUGUGUCUAGUGCCAGUCUGGGGGGGGUGCUGUGUGUGUCUGGGGCUGUGUCUGGGGUGCUGUGUGUGUCUUGGGGGUGCUUUGUCUGGGGUGCUUGUGUGUCUGGGGUGCUGUGUCUGGGGCAGUGUGUGUCUGGGGGGGCUGUGUCUGGGGGUGCAGUGUGUGUCUGGGUGCAGUGUGUGUCUGGGGGUACCAGUGUGUGUCUGGGGGCUGUGUCUGGGGGUGCUGUGUGUGUCUUGGGGUGCUUUGUCUGGGGGUGCUGUGUGUGGUCUGGGGGUGCUGUGUCUGGGGUGCAGUGUGUGUCUGGGUGCAGUGUGUGUCUGGGGCACCCUGUGUGUGUGUCUGGGGGUGCUGUGUGUGUCUGGGGCCAGGGGUGCCUGCCUGUGUGUGUCUGGGGGUGCUGUGUCUGGGGGUGCUGUGUGUGUCUGGGGGGCUGUGUCUGGGGGUGCUGUGUGUGUCUUGGGGGUGCUUUGUCUGGGGGGUGCUGUGUGUGUGUCUGGGGGUGCUGUGUCUGGGGUGUGUGUCUGGGGGCUGUGUGUGUGGGGGUGUGCUGUGUGUGUCUGGGGCUGUGUCUGGGGGUGCAGUGUGUGUCUGGGUGCAGUGUGUGUCUGGGGUACUGUGUGUGUCUGUGGGGCUGUCUGGGGGCUGUGUGUCUGGGGGUGCGCUUUGUGUCUGGGGGUGCAGUGUGUGUCUGGGUGGUGCUGUGUGUGUCUGGGUGGUGCUGUGUCUGGGGGGGUGCUGUGUGUGUCUGGGGGCUGUGUCUGGGGGUGCUGUGUGUGUGUGUCUGGGGUGCUGUGUGAGUCUGGGUGCUGUGUGUCUGGGGGUGCUCUGUGUGUCUGGGGGGUGCUGUGUGUCUGGGGGGUGCUGUGUCUGGAGGCUGUGUGUGUGAGUGAAUGUAUUUUUUAUUUAAAUAUAUUUUUUUUACUAAUAAAAAAAUAAAAAUAAAUUAUAUCCCCCCCCCCUCCCUUCUUACCUUUAUCCUGGGAGGGGGGAGGGGGAGGAGGAGAUUCCGUUCUGCCUGGGGAGGGGUGGGGAGCCGUGCUGCCUUCCCUGGUGGUCCAGUGGUGAGAGUGAACUCUAACCUGCAGGUUAGAGUUCACUCUCGCGAGAUCUGAGCGUUGCCGCGGCAACGCUCAGAAUCCCGCGAGAGGACCGGCGGAGCUGCUUGUUAGAGCUCCGCCGGGUCCUCCCUCCCUCCCUCACCCAGCCGGCGGCCGCAUCUCCCUGUCUGUGGGCCGGUGAGGGAGAUCUUUGAUCUCCCCACCGGCCCAUGGAGGCACUAUGCAGGGCCGGCGCUCGGAUAGCGCUGGCCCUGCAGGGGCCGGCCGGGGAGAUCCUGUGAUCUCUCCUGCCGGCCUGGCCCCAUGGCCAUCGCGGCCCACCGGGCAUUUGCCCGGUAUGCCCGAUGGCCAGUCCGGGCCUGGCUGUAGGUCUUGCUAUGAUGGGGCUGUAGGUCUUGCAAUAUUGGGGCUGUAGGUCUUGCAAUAUUGGAGCUGUAGGUCUUGCAAUAUUGGGGCUGUAGGUCUUGCAAUAUUGGGGCUGUAGGUCUUGCAAUGUUGGGGCUGUAGGUUUUGCAAUAUUGGGGCUGUAGGUCUUGCAAUGUUGGGGCUGUAGGUCUUGCAAUAUUGGGGCUGUAGGUCUUGCUAUGAUGGGGCUGUAGGUCUUGCAAUGUUGGGGCUGUAGGUCUUGCAAUGUUGGGGCUGUAGGUCUUGCAAUGUUGGGGCUGUAGGUCUUGCAAUAUUGGGGCUGUAGGUCUUGCAAUGUUGGGGCUGUAAAUGUUGGGGCUGUAGGUCUUGCAAUAUGAUGGGGCUGUAGGUCUUGCAAUAUUGGGGCUGUAGGUCUUGCAAUAUUGGAGCUGUAGGUCUUGCAAUAUUGGGGCUGUAGGUCUUGCAAUAUCUUGGGGCUGUAGGUCUUGCAAUGUUGGGGCUGUAGGUUUUGCAAUAUUGGGUCUGUAGGUCUUGCAAUGUUGGGGCUGUAGGUCUUGCAAUAUUGGGGCUGUAGGUCUUGCUAUGAUGGGGCUGUAGGUCUUGCAAUGUUGGGGCUGUAGGUCUUGCAAUGUUGGGGCUGUAGGUCUUGCAAUGUUGGGGCUGUAGGUCUUGCAAUAUUGGGGCUGUAGGUCUUGCGAUGUUGGGGCUGUAGGUCUUGCGAUGUUGGGGCUAUAGGUCUAAAAGUCCAUCUAUAAGUCCAAAUCCAAAGAUGAUUACGUGUUUGUGCUUAAAUUCCGCAAGUCGGUGGGAAGUGGAAAAAAAUCUUUGUGACAUGCUCUGAUUUGUGAUUGACAGCUCUGAUUUCCAAGAGCUUCUGCAGUAGUCACAUUUUACUUACAAAUUUGUUUAAUUAAAAUCUUGUAUCUUAAAGCCAACUCUAAUUCUGCCUUGUUCACAGACCUGAUCAGGUCCCUUACUACUAUGGACAAAGUCUCCUUAAAAUGUUUGGCUGUGCAUGAUGGGAGCUGGCUGACCUAGGUUGCUUUAUACUGCGGUAUAUUUCCAAUGAGUUAAUUGUUUUUGUAAAGUAUUGGUUGUUGCUGUCAUUUUCUCAGCAUAGACUUCUUACGGAGCUUGUUGGACUUUUGAACUUAAACGAAGCAUGAAUGAUGGAGACGGGAGUUGUGUGGCUCCGGGGUUUCUAGGUGGGUCUUUGCCUUUAAAUAUAGAACAAACAUAAGGGCUGCAUUCCACUUGCCUCAAUCAGCACAGGGGUGAGAAUGAGGUAGGAGUUGUUGAGUUAACCCAUUCUGUGCCAAUAGGUCAGCAAAGCGUUGAACCGCCCCUCCAAAUAGCUAAUGUAACCUGUACAUUGUAUCCCAGUAUAAAUAUCUAUUACUUGGUCAUAUGAAUUCAACAGAAUAGUAUCUGUAGUUACAGAUCUUUUUACCAUGGUUUACAGAAGCAGCAUUGGGAGAUGCUGUUUGUGUAAUACUUUGUUGAAGACUAUAAAAACUACACAAUUUAUAGAAGGUGUAGGGAACUUGUGAUUUACUCAGCAGCAGCUGAACUUCAACACCCAUCAUUCUCACAUUGCCUGGGCCUGUUACCAGUCUCCGUUCAGUGACUGCUAUGUUGAUGCACACAACCUCACAAGCUCAGCACGAGAAUAGUGUGAAUUAUUAACACUCUGUAUUGCCUCUGUUGAAGGAUGUCAGGGUGAAUGGUCAAAUGUAUGUGCAAGGGCGUGUGUAGCAGUGUAAGUAAAUAUAUAUUUUAAUAAAACAUGUAGAAUCGCAAAAAAUCCUCUUUAAACAGCUUUUGAAGUCUGAAAUAUGUGGCAAGUUAUGUACGCCAGUAAGCCAGGGGUAUUUAAAUCUGUCCGCCUUUUGGGGUGACUGUGGGCCCACCUACCACUCUGAAUCUGUUCAGUGAGGUUCUCUAGGAUUCUGUGAUGGAGCAGUGAGCAAUAUGGCAUGUAUAUUGGUAUGCACAGAUUUCACUCACUGGCACAGCAGCCAUAGGCGAUACUGCCAUGCUAGUGUCAUUGGAAUACAAGCUAGAGUCACUUUACACUGAUUACCAACCUUGCUGUACAUUUACUAGCAAUUUGGUUUACACAAUGCAAAGAUGAGAUGGAAUGAUGUCUUGCCUUAUAACUAUCAGUGGUUCAUAAAUGGACCUCCACCAAAUCUCCCUCACUGUAUCAGACCCCUGCCACAUUAACUGAGAAAUAAUUACAUGCAAAACAUGCUGUCAAACGGUACUUUUAAAAUCUUGCAGCCCAUGUAUAAGAAGCAAAUGUCAACACAACUUUGUUCAGAACUGUUUCCUUUAAAGUCAUGCCAGUAGCUUUAGGUAGGACUGUGGGUAUUCUGAGAGCUCUAGUUAUUCUCACACUGCUCACUGUUUAACACAAAACGCUGUGACGGUGCCUACAGACUCUUUGCGCCAUAACAACUACAGCGAGCUGUACUGGUUAACGUGCUUCGAGUUUCUCUUUAAGUUCCUUGAAAUCCAUGCAUAUUUCCAUUCCCUUUAGAUAUUUAGGUUGAUCAAUGCAUUAGGUGCUCUGGCUCUCAAAGUGUUAAGUCUUAAGGAUCAGGCAAGACAUUCUCUGCCCAGAAUUUGUAUCUGUUAGUUGUGCAGUUUAUGUUGGGCAGGACACUUAGUAUCUCAUGUCUUAUCACAUUGCAGAAUGCCAUUCUGCUGCAGCUGUGUUUGCACAGCGCUGCUGUACUUUGCCUAGCUCCAGAUAAGAUUGUGAGCAAAGGUGAGGUUCAGAUCAGAACCUUUUCCUUAAUGUUUCCCUUUUCUCUACCCACUUCCUUCUCUUUCUGCUGGCACUGUUUAUAUCUUUUUCUGGGCACGAGAGAUAUAGUUUGUCACAAAUGGUCUCUAUCCUUUCAUAUUUUGUGAGACAUGCAAAUCUGUAAGGCAAAAGAUGGCCAAAAGGUGUCUAGUGACACCUAUAAUUCAGAUCUAAUAUUCAAGGCAUAAACUAGACAGUACGAAAUGUUGGUAUGGUGCACAUAAAGUACAUAGACUAAAUCUCCUGUGCUACCUGUCAGCCUUUAAACACCUUUGUUCUAUCACUUGGCUAAUGCCACAGACACAUUUUACAUUCAGCCUCAGGGAUUAUGAAUUAAUGCUCAACAUUAAAGAGCCAUAUAUAUGUACCAUACAUCUCAUUGAAGUGGUUUUGGUACCUGGAGUCCUCUGGUGCUGCCUCACAGUUUGUUGUUAAUAUACCAUUUAUUAAUCUGUUUAAUUCUGAAAGAGGGACUCUGGGUGUUCGCAGCCCAGCCCCUCUCUGCUGCUUAUGCUGACACAUCUGCAUUAGCCCUUGCUGCGAUAGGUUUAAAGGACCACUCUAGGCACCCAGACCACUUCAGCUUAAUGAGGUGGUCUGGGUGCCUGGUCCAGCUAGGGUUAACCCAUUUUUUUAUAAAUGGGUUAAUCCAGCCUCUAAAGCCUCUAGUGGCUGUCUCAUUGACAGCCAGUAGAGGCGUUUGCGUGCUUCUCACUGUGAAAAUCACAGUGAGAAGACGCAAGCGUCCAUAAGAAAGCAUUGUAAAUGCUUUCCUAUGAGACUGGCUGAAUGCGCGCGCAGCUCCUGCCGCGCAUGCACAUUCAGCCGACGAGGAGGAUCGGAGAAAGGUGAGUGUUUAACCCCUUCCUCUCGCCAGAGCUGGCGGGAGGGGAUCCCUGAGGGUUUCCUGGCACUAUAGUGGUCUUUCAAGUGAUUGGCUGAGAGCAUCAUCUGACCUUAUUUAGUUUACUGACGGCUAGAGUAAAACUCAGUCAUGUGACACAGAAGUCCCACAGGAAAUCAUUAAUUCAAUGCUUUCCUUUGGAAGCUUGGAUGUGCAUACGGCACAUGCACACCAAGUACCCAGUGCUCCUCUAUAAGGAGUAUUGAAUUGGACAUUGGCGGAGGAGGCCAUUUGGUGGAGAAGCUCAGCGCUGGAAAACGGUAAGGAAAAUCAUUUACUUUAUUUUUUUAUAUGUUAAACCAGGGUGUGGGCUGUUGUUAAAUAGAGACAGGGACAGGUUUGUAUUCCUAAUGCUUUAGUGAUCGUUAUAUUGGUAACAUUCUCCAACAUUUGAUUUUUCCUUCUCUUGUACUGACCACUCCGUUGUCACCACGUAACCAGUUUAGCGAAUAAACCCUUAAAAUAUACCCGGAGGGUAGUUAAUGCAUCUCUUGGGUGUUCUAGAAACAGGCGUUUCCAUUAGCAGUACUGGUCAGGUCUCAUCAUUACUGACAGUGUGAAGAAUUAGGGAUGUUUCUUUCUUCCUUUUCUGUUUCUUUACCAUGUUUUGGUUUGUAAACAUCACCACAUGGGAUGAAAUAUUAAUAUGCUCUUUAAUAUUUAAUACGUUUAGCUGCAUGAGGACAGAAGAAGGCUCGUGGAUUGGCUGGCAUUGGCUCAAACCAAACAUCCCUUGAGCCAGAUAAAAAAAGAAUGCACAUUUUACUGUAGACAUAUUCCUUCCAACUGAUCUUUAACACUAGGCCAUGCAAUCAUAAGAUAUCAUCUGUCUCAGCGAUUGCCUUCCUGCUCUACACUCGCUGAAUGCCAUCAGAGUUAUGGUCCAAAAACAACUGUAACACUUUGUAAUAUAUUCCUAUGAUAUCGUAUUUAAAUAAGGAUUAGGAUAUAUAGAAACACUUGUAUUUAACUAAGCAAUUAUAAUUGUACAUACCACUACCUGUGUUUGAGAACGCUGUUUUUGUUCUGUGAUUUGUGGGCCCCUGGGUAAUGGUUUAGUUCUUUAGGGAAAGUGGUGAUUGCUUGCAAACAGAAUUGCCCAUAGAGGAAGUGUGAAAUAUCUUUACUAAUGACCAGUUUACAUUCCUCGUUUGUGUCCUACAGCAGGUUAUUUUCUCUAUUAUAAUUACAAUUAUAUAAAUAUUUUAAUUGUUCAGAAAUUGACAAGAAUGUUUUAAAUGCAUACCAUGUUUUUCUAUUUGCCAGUUAAUUUUGGAUGGAAAGAUUAUUAUUAUUAUUAUUAUUAUUAUGUUAUUAUUUUUAUAGCGCCAACAAAUUCCGCAGUGCUGUACAGAUUAUUGUGGUUCUAGUAAUUUCACAGACUCUUUUUUUCUGAUUACAGCGCUGCAAGGACCGGCUGAACUCUUUGGCUAUUUCUGUCAUGAACCAGUGGCAUGGUGUCAAACUUCGAGUGACUGAAGGGUGGGAUGAGGAUGGACACCACUCAGAGGAAUCCUUGCAUUAUGAAGGUCGUGCUGUGGACAUCACUACCUCCGACCGAGACCGCAAUAAGUACGGGAUGUUGGCAAGGCUGGCCGUGGAAGCUGGCUUCGAUUGGGUGUUCUAUGAAUCCAAAUCGCACAUCCACUGCUCUGUCAAGUCAGGUAAGAUCAGCAUAUUCAAUAUGCCAAUCUCUUGUUUAAAUUGAUGUUGUUGUCCAGUGAGUUACAUUUCUUCUCUCUGCUGUAACACUUUCAGCCAUCUCCAAUGUAUCUAUCCAUGGCUGCACAUCGUAAAUGCUGCCAAGAAAAUAUUGAAACAAAUUAAAAUCCGAAUCCAUUAAAAUUUGAAAAUUUUCAUUGAAAUGUUACCAUGCUUCUGAAUUCCAUUUGCACCACUGAACUCUCCAUUAGGCCCUAUCUAUCAAAGCAAUUAAAUUGUUCUAUGUAAUAUUACUAGCCAUACCUUGUACACACAGGCACAUGUAAUGUAGACAAUGGCACACAAACCUUGCCAUUAACAGGCAUGAGCUGAUUGUGUCAAUCACCAAACUAAUAUUAUGAAUUAUCACAAAAAUUUAAUUAUUUAUAUCAAAGUAUUUGUUGCAAAGGGAAGCAAUAUCUAGUUUGUAUACAAUGUAAAUAAAUAACAUAAGCAGAUUGCUCUGGCAUCACCCAGCUUUCUGAAAUGCUGGGAUUCGAUUCUGAUUGGGUAGUUACAUUGGCUCCAGGUUGGUAUUUUCAUUAAUGCUAUGUAAACAUGUAGCAUAUACACAUGGCUAUGUACAAAAUGUGUAGGUUUAUAUUAAAGUUAUAACAUACUACAACAAUAUUUGAACUUGGACACAGAUUGCUCUGAACACACUGUAUAUGCUAUUACAUUAUUUUAGUGGUACUUUGCCUUUGACCCGAUCUUACUUCAAACAGUGACCCUUGUGCCAGAUCAUGACACUUAAUGGGCGUAAUAUUUUCGUACAGUCCUUUAACCUUUCACUCAUGUGUAGAAGGAAUCCCACAAACCUGAUAUGCAAUAUUGACCAUUCUUUCCAAAUAACCUUCUUCAAGACACAGAUAUAUGAUGCUAUAGCCAGUUUCUUAAAGGAACACUAUAGUCACCAGAACAACUACAGCUUAUUGUAUUUGUUCUGGUGAGUAGUAUCAUUCCCUUCUGGCUAUUUGCAGUAAACACUGGCGUUUCAGACAAAAUGCAGUGGUUUAAAUUACAGCCUUGAGAUAACUCUACUGGCCUGCUAGAGGUGCUUCCUGGGGCAGUGCUGCACAGUGUGACUGCCAUUGACGAUCUUCUCCUGCAUGGAGACACUGAACUUUCCUCAUAGAGAUGCAUUGAUUCAAUUCAUCUCUAUGGGGAGAUGCUGAUUGGCCAGGGCUGUGUUUUACUUGAGCUGGCUCUGCCCCUUAUCUGCCUCCUUGAUAGUCUCAGCCAAUCCUAUGCAAAAGCAUUGUGAUUGGCUCAGAUUCCCAAUUUUGAUGAUGUCAGCCAAGCAGGCAGCACGGACAGAGCCAGCAGCUGCAGACUUGAACAAAAGUAAAAUUUUCCUACAUUUAGGAGGACAUGUGGGGCUAGAUGUUGGUUUUUACACUAUAAGGUCAGUAAUACAUGUUUGUGUUCCUGACCCUAUAGUGUUUCUUUAAUAAUAUCUUUAUGUAGUGUAAUGUACUUCACCUGAAUUGGAGAAUUGGCUACAUUUGGAGCUGCAUAUGUUUGAAAACUACAGAACAAAAAGGUUGGAUAAGGAGUUGCAGAUUUUAGAAUUAGUUUCAUGGGGAAUAUAGUUGAUAAAAGUUAGCGUUGUCUGUUCUUUACCCAUGUUAGUCUGCACUAAAUCAUGUAAUGUUAAUGGAAAUUAGUGUAAGAUGAUAUGGCACUAAAUACUAAUCACGUUUUAUUUGAGGGGUGAUACAGUGCUUUAAUUUGAGUCUUUAUAAUUGUACAGCCAUACAUUUCUGAUGUUUGAUAAAACUAGUACCCAUUCAUUUAUCCCAUUUAUAUGCAAACAAAAAGUUACCUGCCGUUUUGGUUCUGUAUAAGUGUAAGAUAGGUUCUAGAGCACACAAGACAUGUAAUUUUGUAGCAAAGCCCUUCAAACUCUGUGUCACACUGUAUGAAUGUGACAAGCACGUCCUUAUAACAGAGCCAAUCAUUUUACUGGCAAGAUGCAGAGAGAUGCGCCGCUUGGCUUAAUAUUUAGCAAUUCGGAGAAACUGGAUUUUCAGGCACAUUUCACUUUUUUUUUUGUUCUAGGGCUUUUUCAGUUUCAUAUCUAUAAUACAGAAUACAAAGAAAACGGGGACUUUGUGUUUAGCAAACAUAAAAAUACCAUAGAGCAGCACCAUAGAGACAAAAUAAAACAUGUGUCAUCUGUAAAGCAGACAUUAAGUCAAUAAUGAAGAUGGACAAGGCAAUAGGCAACCCAUUGUAUUCCAGAAAACUCUCACUAGGAGAACAUGGAUUCGUCAUAGAACCAAUAACUUGGGAGGGGAUUCUGGUACCGUUUCUACGUAUAAGCAUCUGACUAUGGUUUCAUAUUUGCGUCGCAGCACGGACAGCCCUGAGGGGCUAAAUAUGACUUGUGUUCCUCUGUAUGAAAGCUGUUGAAGUCUCUGAUUGUAAAAGCCACUUUUGAGUUGAAACCCUCACUUUGCAAGCUAAAGGUUUUUUUUUUGUGAAUAGGUGGUCACUUUCUGGUUUUCAUCCUCAAAUUAUCUUAAUCUGGUCGACUUUUACAAACUUGUCGUUUAGUUAGAAAAUACCAAUCAGCGGUAACUAUACCUUGCUGAAUCAGCAAUGUUCAAAGUCUCAUGGAAAUUACAUUAAUCUGCCCUCGAUUUGUGAAUUUAUGAUCUUGUGGGGCUUGGUAUCCAGCAAAAUGUCCAUUAGAUUUCUACCUGUUGUAUCUCUACUGGAGUUUUUAGGGUUUACUGGUACCCUAAUCAUUGGUUAGGCUGGGAAAUCCUCUAUCCUCUCCUGUUAUCUGGUUUUACAUAGUUUUAUUUAACCAUUACAGACACACGUUUGCUUUUUAUCAACUACACUGCAGAACAAGGUCAUAGUAGGAAAAGAAAGCUCUAUUCUCCCCCUCCCCACCCCUCUCCCCCCAAACUCUAGAUUAUCAAUGAAACUAAAUGCAAGAUGGAAGAGAUUCCAUAGUCCCAGCAAACCCAGUGUCCUCUGCACCAGAACAGGGCAGUGUUUGCAUCCAGCUUUGGUAUUUAUGUUAUGCAGAAACAACAGUGAGAAAUCUAAGGAUGGAUGUGCUCUUCGGCUACUCUUUAAUGUAUGUGUGAAUGAUUGAGCAUAUAUGUGAAUAAUUGUGUAUAUGUGUGAAUGAGUAAAUGGCAUCAGUGUGUUAAUUCAGCUUUGUCUGUGGGACUCUGAUGUAUGCAUUCUUGAGUGAUAUUCCAUGUGUGUCUGUAUUUAAAAUAAAGGCCUAUUCACCUGCCCACAAAGACUGCUCAGACAGUAAAGACAAGUUUCAGAUGAGUCAAGCAUAAUUAGACAAAAAAGGUUCCUGUUUGCAAAAAGCUCAUUUUGUGUGUUGCUGAUUAUUUUAUUUUGAUUAUUAUUUCUUUUAUACGAUGUAUGAUCAUCACACACUGUGUGCUUUCUAUGGUCUCGCAUGAACGCCACUGUUGUGGCUGCCUAACGGACUCAAGAGCUGACAUUCCAGUAUGUUGGUUGACUAUGGAAGCUGCAAAGAAAUUUGCUGAAAUAUUUAGAGGGAGGUAAUCCCUGUUCAUCUAGGGUUGUUCUUGUAGUUCCUCUCUUAUGAUGAUCAACUCAGGGGUGCGCGGGUGAAGAUCGGCCCCUUUUAUUGGUAAGUAUGUUUCAGUUCAGUGCUUUACAUAUUCUCAUUUAGGUUAGUUGACUGAGGGUAGCUUAUGCCUGUCUGUCUGCUUUCUCAUCAGACUCCUCCGUCAGUGGUGUCCAAGCUGCCACACCCCAGAAUAAUGCCUGGAAGCCUCCUGCCAAUAAGAACAGACCUGAGAAAGCUGAAGAUGUGUCUGCUGAUUGGAGGAUGCAGGGGGUGUCUGAUGUACAGUCAGAACGUGGGGAUGGGGACCACUGGGAUAACUACAUGAGGUGAGUGACAUAACUGCACAAGUAGUUACAAUGUAUCAAGCUUCUACAACUGUUCUGAAGCAGACACAGAAACCACGCAGAUUGCUACUUUGUAAUUACAGUUGCUAUGGACUCCAUAUUUGUACUUUUUACUAUAAUACUGAUGGUGGAGGUGAAAAAAUGAGAAGGAGAGUAGCACUUAUGCUCAUUGUAAUAAGUCUAAAGGCACGUUACUGUUUCCAACAGGUUCUCCUCUGAUUCCUAGUCCAGCAGUUUUACAGCCACAUUGAUCAUGCACUAAUCACAUUUUCAUAUUACUAAGCAAAAAUCUGUCCAACAUUAGACAUCAUUGAUCGGCUGAGGACAGGGAUAACCACAUCUGUAGUGGCUGUCGGGUUCUUCACUAAAGACUUUCAAUUAUUAAAACUCUUCACAUUCAGUGUCACCACACCCAGCAUUAGGCUGCCAAAUGCAGUGAAUGCUGCUCAUUGGAUUCAGUGCAUUAAAUGAGCACAGCAAUUGCAAUACAUGUGCAGUAGUUCCCAAGUUAUUCUCUACGAGUACCAUUAGGCGGGACAGUGAUCUGAAAAAUGGCCAGUGCAGCGCUACCAGUGGGUUAAAUGGCAGAAUUUCGUUUUAAAAGGGUUGGCAUAAUCUAAAAGUACUAAUGAACACACUUUAACAUUAAAUAAAAUUAAAGCAUUUUUCAUGUUUGAGUGUUCAUUGAAGGAAGUAUCUGAUAUUGCUCCUUGUUAAUUAAGAUAUUUACUUUCUGCAACAUAAUUUUUAUAUUUAUUUUAGAGCGAUGUAUGCCAGCCACAUUUACAGGGCUAUUCACGAAAGUGAGAUUCAAAGUGGAUUUAAAAGUCAAUUUCCAAUGUAAGGCCAAAACCAUUGAAUUAGAAAAAAAAUCUAAGUCAGCUAUGCUUCAUGUUUAGUUUAUUUGGCAUAAAACUUGAUAUUCACUUUGAAUAACCCUAUUAUGAUCAAACAACAUAGAUACAAAAUAUAUCUGCCUUAUCUGCCUCAGGCCUUGCUAAGUAGUGCAUGAUCAAGGCUGUAUACAAGACUGAUGUUAUGAAAAUAAGAGAAUGAGAAAAGCACUAUAUCCCUGGAUUAACCUCCAGGUCGGAGUAGUGUAGAUUAAUACUGUAAAGAAAAUGUAUUACUAUACAAAUAUAAAUGUAAGAAUUAUGUUUCACAAGUGCAGACUAGAUGGGCCACAUUGAUCUUACCUGACAGUAUAUCCUUUAUUUCUAUAGCACUUACAGCUGUGCUUAUAAAUUAUGUUGUUUUUUUAAAUUUCUUAUUUAAAAGUAUUUAUUUUCUCAUACAUCUUAGUAACACUGGCAGUAAUUAGUCCAAGGAUAAGGGGGAUAUCUAUCCCACAUUGCUUUGCCAGAAUCUCACAAACUGUACUGAUUGUAUUUAUGAUUAUUAGAAUGUUUCACUUUCUUAGAAUGUUGUAAAUUGUCUGAAUUUGUGUUUGAUCAAUAAAGAGAGAAAGGAGUGAAUUCUAAGAUCUAAAGGAAUUUUCCUUAUUUUGACAUUGAUGGAGUUUAACUAUAAAAAAUAAUUUAGUACUUGAAAAAUGCUAUUAUGUCUGUUUUUGUCUUUUAAGGUAUUCAAAAAGCAAAACCAUACAUAAUAGCCUUUUCCUAUUCUAAUGAAGUAUUCGGUCAAAUCACUAGUUACCGGAAAAAAAACAAUUGUUAAAACAUUGUUGCACAGAUGUGUCAUAUAAUGCGGAAUUCUACAAUUACAUAAAUAUUUAUCUUUAGUAAUUAAAUAGAAUACAGUGAGAAAACUGCUAUUCAGUUGCCAGAGAUAAACAAUUCUCCACUCAUAGAAUCCAGUGGGCUUACCUGAUGAGUAUACUUUUGCUAAUGCUUAGUCCCUUCACAUAUAUAAAACUCUGAGCCUGUUGUAUAGGCUUUCAUAUUGAUACAUUGUCUGCUUGCUGCACAUUCAGCAUGACACUGGUGAUAUUUUUUCUGUUAAAAAAAUGGUUUUCUUUUCAUUUAAACAAAUUCCAUUUAAUACACAUAUGAAACCAAGUGAAUGUAUCCUCUUGUUUACGGCAGUUUGCUUGUUCAUAAAGCCAGCCUAAUUUGUAUCAUUGCUUGUUUUGCUUCAGUGCACAACGAGUUUAACUCUUUGAGUACAUUUGUAAAAUCUGCUAGUUAUAAUUUGGUAUAUAUUUGUCAACUCGGUUUAUAAAAAUGCCCAUUAGAUUUAAAGUCCUUUAAAUUCCCAUUAACCUGCUGAAUUAGUCAGGAUCCUGUUAGACAACCAUUGCAAGAUUUAGAAUUCGCUUCUCACUUAAGAAACUUUAAUUCAGUCGUAUAUUGAGGCAAACACAUUUACAAUGACUAAAGCCUUAACAAAAUAAUAGAAUAUUGUACCUCUGAUAUAACAGAUUUUUUAUAAAUUGUAAGAAUACGUAGAAACAGGGUAAAAUAGUACAUUCUGACAUUCUUAUCCCCAAACAGAAGAUGCUAUGAUAGUAAAGUGAUGUUGGUUAUAUUGAGAGAUCAGUGAAGGCUAUAUGCCAGCUGUCCAUCUGGGUACACAAUGAACAUAAAUUCUGUGGCCGCAGUCUGCCUAAAAGCUGCAUACAUUUUAUCUUACUAAAUUAUUCUACUAAAAUGGUCCACCCAGACACCAAAUAUGUAUUAAAAACAAAGUUAGAUCACUCUGUGCUUGAUACGUAAAUCAGAUUAUCUGUAAAGCCGCUGCAUAUUAUGUAGCACAUAAAAUCAUAAUAAUUGUUUACAGGCAGAUACAUAUAUGUGUUAUGGCUUCAGUUAAGUAAUCCGUUAGGGAUAUGCCACUAUGUAAAGAAAUAAUGUUUUAUCAAGGGUUAGAAUAAAAAAGCAUUAUUUGAAAAUAUAGUUUAACUGAUGGCGUGGGGGAUCAUUUUCACCUGUAUUAGGUAAUGUGAAAUAAAUGAUUUUGUAUGAAUUGUUUUAUGAAAUGUUUGGUAUUAAUUGAUUCUCAUUGGAAAUACAGUGGAACAUUAAGUCAUUUUACUGAGCUUGCCAUUAUUUGAUUACACUUUUGUGUACAAUCUACUUUCACUCAAAAAGCAACGCACUCAACUACUAUCCACAGAAAUAAUAUAUUUUAAUGUUUAGUGUUGACAUUAUAGUUGUUCCCCUAUAGAUGUUAAACAUAUGGGUUUAAUAUAUUUAUAUACAAUACCACUUAUUUUCUUUUUAAAAUGCUUAAUCUCUCCUGAUUCAAACAUAACUAAACCUAGUGUGGAUGUUUUCAUGUAUACACUAAAACAUGAACGUAUAGUUAACUCAGUUGGUUAAUACACCACUGAUAUUCAAAUCUCAGGGCUGCAGGUUUUACAGCCGCCAAGUCCAACUCUUUGAGCUGGGUAAUAAUAACAUCUAUAACUCAAGAUACAUUUGAAUAUUUGAAAACUAAACACAAUCUCACGGUAUCUUGGUAAUGCUUUGAUUAUUAAUCUGUAGCUUUGUUCCUUGUUUCAGGGGUCCUGGGACAGAGGAAUUGGGGUCCACUGCUUGGAAAGCUAAAAAUAAGAAGAAGAAGAAAAAAGAUGGACAAAAAAAGAGUAAAAAGGAAUCAAAAAGGAAAAUGACAGAUGCAGAAGGGAAGAAAUUAAAGAAAAGGAAAAAAAAGGGGGAAAUGGAAAAUAUGAAAGAUAAAGCAUUGGGGAAAGAGGAAAGGAGACAAAGAAAGGCUGUAAUGACUGGGGAGCAGAAAACAGUAGGAUUAAAGCCAGAGUAAGAGAUAUUAUUUUAUGGAGUUUGGAGAGAGUGGAUGGAGGGGAGGCUGGACCUUCCAAGCACAGCACAGUGGAUGCAGGAAGAAGCAGAAAGAAUGGAAGAGUAAAGGGUUAAGAAUAGAGAAGAAAGAGAGAGAGAGAGAGAGGAACAAGCAUGAACUGAGAGAGAAGAUAGAAAAAAGGAACUUGUCUUUUAAGUUGAGGUUGUGAGAGCUAAUAUAAUAAUGAGAUCUUGAUUGUAGGAUAAAGAUGCAAAGCAUAGAGUAAAAUACAAUGUUGCAACAUUAUGCUUUUGAACUAAUCCGCAUAGUUGAUCAAGACAUAGAUAUGUGGGUGAAGCUAGGUAAAUACGCUAAUGGAAAAAAGGCAGCCAACUGUUCACUUAUAAAACAUUCAAAUCGUUUUUCAAGAGAGAAAAAUAUAUCACUGCAGUGAGCAAAUUUGCUGCUCCCUUAAGAUGUGAGUCUGUCACCAGAAGAAACCAAAAGAAAAAUGACACAUUUCUACAGCACAGAAAAAUAACAAAUCACAAUCAUUUGUGAAAAACAAACAUUUAUUAUAGAUUUUCCAAGUUAUAAAAUUCUAACACACUUCCAGUGCUCCCACCGCUGGCACCCAAAUGACUAUGAUGAUAAAAACCCAUUGCAAAAUGAUCACGUUUGCGAAACAUUCUCACAUCCCUUGUAAGUGUCAGAUUUGCUGUGAAGACAUGAAUGAAGUAGAAAGGCGAUUCAAUAAAUUAUUAUUUUUUAGAGCAGGAAUGUCUGUAGAAAUCUGUCUAGCCAUUGUUUAACUAAAACAUAAGAAUGAUGGGAUUGGCAGUCUGGAAACAGAUGUUCGUGUAAUCAGUUUACCACCCAGAUAAUAUGGUGUCAAAGAAUUGACAAACAGGGCUGUUCAACAUGCUGUACCCCCGCUGAUAGUGGAGAUCUCUGGGUUCCAUAUUAGCUAAUUGCUGAAUGGUCACAUGAUACUCAGCACUGUAUCACAACCUUUAUCAGGCAUCCAGACACCUGAUUAGACAAAUGCUAUUAUUGAAGACUUUAACGAACAAAUGAGCUAAUAUAUUAUUGUGUGCAAGUGUAUAUUUGGAUUUUGAUGUUUCAUCAUUCGGUACUAUCACAAUCAUAUAAUGUAUAUUUUGCUUCUGUAAAAUUGUAUAAUGUAUUUAAAAUAAACAGAUCUAUGUGAACGACAGGCAUUGUGUGAUGUUUUUCUUCGUUGGUAUCUCGAGGGGAGGGGAGGAAAUCCUGUGUCGUUUGAGUGGUUGUGGACUAUUUUCCCCACUUUCUUAGAGAGCAGAAAAAAAUGAAUUCAGUGACAAAUGUAAAGUACAGUGCACAGAAAUGUUUUUAAAAAUGUUGUCUUGGUUUGCAACACAGUGCGUUUUUUUUCACUAAACAGACAUUUGUGAUGAGUUGAACUGACUUGCAAUGUGAUGGCAAUGUAAAAAUAACACAGUACAGAUUAUAUGAUAAUACAGAUUGUGAAUGGUCCUUCGUGGGUAACAUUCCCAGCCUAAUCCAUACUGCCUGCCUAAUUUGUGAUUACUUACUUUCUACAAGAUUUGUGCAUUACUGACUCAACAGCCAGCUGACAAAAUUAAGGCACAAUUAAAAUGAAAUCCAGCUAUUGUGUCGAAUUAGAGAUUUUUUUUUUCUUUGGUUUGGUUUGCCUUAAUGACACAAAUUGGAUGGCGGUAAACCCCAAACUAACUGUAAACGUACUAAAGUUUGAUUGUGGGUCGUUUAAUUGACCUGGGAAUUUUAGACCAAAAUAACCAAUCAGAAAUUCCAAUGGCUUUUGCUUUGACAGAUAUUUGUUUUUCCAGGUAGUAAGACUUGGGACACUUUUUCUUCCUUUCAUUUUAUAGUCCGUUGUUUAACUAUAUAUAUAUACAUAUAUAUAGUUAAUGCAUUGCUAAGCACAAAUACACACACCAGUCAAGCCAUAAGACUUGCUUUCCCCACAGAAAUCUCACUUGAACAGUGCUCUCACUACUGCAAGGGAUUCUGGGUAGGCAUAUGCAAAUGAGCUCAACAAAGAACCACCUUUAUCCCUUAUUAUUCCACUUUAUACAUGGAUUCCUUGGAGUAUUUGUUUGCUGUAUACAACAGCUUUGAAACACAACUCAGGAAGAGGAGCAAAGCCAGUGAACCACUCAUGGACAGCUGUUUCAUUGUUAAUGCAACUCAUGAACAUGAGGUUGGUUACUGGCUUGCAUUGGAGGCUUAGUGUUCCUUGUACAGUACAUGAAAACAGAGUUGUGGUGGGGAAAAAAGUGAGUUGUGUUUCAAAGCUGUUGUAUACAACAGCCUCAUUCUCCAAGGAAUCCAUGUUUAAAGUGGAAUUAUGAGGCAAAAAUGUGGUUCUUUGUUGAGCUCAUUUGCAUAUGUCUACCCAGAAUCCCUUGCAGUAGUGAGAGCACUGUUAAAGUGAGAUUUCUGUGGGAAAAGCAAGUCUUAUGGCUUAACUGGUGUGUGUGUUUGUGUUUAGCAAUGUAUUAACUAUCCACUUACCGUACUUCAGGUGAAGGGGUUUCAUCCACACUUUUUUCCCCACCACAACUUAAUUAAUGUGUAUAUAUAUAGAUAUAUAUUUAUAUAGUUGAACAACUUAAUAUAAAAUGUAUAUAUACGUACAUGUGUUUUGUUUUUUAUUUACUUUAUGUGUCUUAAUCUACAAUUACCAUUUACUGAUACUAGAAAGUCUAAUAAAAUAUAUUACUGAAUUUCCUAACUAACCCAGGCUGGCGAACAGAACAUAAUCUGUAGAUUGGAAGUGUGUUUGACCAAGGCCUCCUCCCUUUUCUUUGUUUGUACAGAGUACUGCAUAAUAUGAUGGCCCUUUGCAAGUCAGCCCCUUACCUGCAAACCUGAAUAUUCGACUCCUCAUGUUUCCGUCUUUAGUCUUUGCCCCAAACUCCCUAUUUAUUGCCAAUAUGUUUCAGUAUACUCAGGGUAGAGAAGAGUUAACAAAUGUUAAAAUAUUGCUGCCACUUCUUGGCCUAUCGGCAUUCCUCAGACAUUGGAUCUGCAGAUGUAACCCCAUCUUUGCAUAUCUAGAUAUUUUAGCAAUUAAUGGUUAAUGAUUAGACCCGGCUUUCCUGUUGCUGGAGUGAGCUGGUCCUGACAGGUCCUAUCCUGCCCCGCACUCCUGCUGUGAUGUUAUAUGGCAGCUUCGGGUCAGGAAGGUACUUGCUCAGGUACAGGGAUUGCAAACGCAGCCAUGAGCAUGUUAGACAGACACACAGAAGCAGGGCCACGCUCUUACAGCAGGGAUACAAACACACAUCUAUAAUUCUAUGACAUCUGCCAGGGAUGAAAAUAAAAUAUCACUGCUUUAUACUGGGGACACCCCAUACAAAGGCCUCUACUUUUAAACCACUUUAAUAUUUUUUUUAACAACAAAACUGCUGGUUGAGGAUUGAUACAUUUAUUAGUAAUUUAGAUAUUUAAGAAAUUUUGAUACAUGACUUUAAAGCACUAAAUGUAUAGACAUGUAAAAUAAAGAUAUGCUCACAUUAUUACUCUGAUAGCUAUACGGCACGUUUUAUGCUUUCUGAAAAUCUGAAAAUUCCUCAGUUAGUCAAUUCAAUAUUUCUCAGUUCAUUACUCCAUAGUAGAUCAGGAAAAACAACUUUCAAGACAAUUUGCAGUCAAUGCUAAUACUACGCAGGAUCUAAAAAGCCUUCAGGACCAUAACCACCUGCAAAUGUGUUGAGUAAUUCAAAAUCACUUUGCUCAUUUUUUAGUUGUUUUGUGUUUUGCCCUGUGCAUUCUUGGGGAUGUUAUUGUGAGAGGCAGGACAUCAGAGAAGUAACCUUGGUUGUAUGGACAAGGUCCCAAACUGGCACUUUCUGACAUUCCUAGGUAGGCAUUUAGCAGUGAUGGGGUUAAUUGAAUUGUAGAGUAGCAUGUUUUUGUUUUUUUCAUCCUGUGGGAGAUUCAGUGCAGUAGCUAGAGGUCUCCUUGCAGAGAUUGAAAUAUGGUUAAAGAGGUGUAUGAUGUAAAUGUGUGUAAAGCGUGUCUGUCCGUGGGUUAGUGAUUGGGGAAAAGACACAGGAAGCGAGGGCUAUUACUGCACUGCUAAUUGAGCAUUACCCUGCCUCUAAUCACAUCGCACAAGGUAAGCAGGGGGAGAGUUGGGAACCGUGAGGUUAGGUAGGGACAGAUACUCAAAGGAAGGAAAGAGUGGAGAGGAGGAGGACAAGGUAGCGAAAGAGAGGAGGUGAGACGAGAGGGGAGGGAAGCAGAGAAAUGCCAGAUUGCUCCCCUCUGCGGUCACACGCGGCAUCUUAAACCCACAUCCCCAGACCACAGAGAACACACAGCCCAGCCCAGCAAAACAAGACAGAUAUUAAAAAUAAUCAUAGUUAGGACCUUGGAAAAGUUCAAAACAACCUGAUUGCCUAUAUUUAAACCAUAAGCAAACAGGGGUUUGUGGUGGAGAGGUGUGUGUGUCAGAGGGGGGGCACAGGGAGGGGACCAUUCCUGAAAUAACACCUCUGCUUUGCCAGAAUGCACAGAGAAAUGGAAUGGAGAGCUUGUACAAUCCCAAAUACAAGGGUACAGGGUCAAAAUAACUAAAUAUAUCAGACUUGAAAGAAAUAGGACAAUAACUAUUUUAUAGAGGGGUUAAAUUCAGGUUCUAUAACCAGAUAUUAGAAGAAGAUGAUUCUACAGCUUCCUAAUCUGUAUUUUAUGGCUUUUGUGUAGCAGACAGAGAAAUGUGAACUCUUAAUAACUAACUGGCCCCGAAUCUGACCCCACUAUUACUGUCUUAGUGUAAAUUGGCAGAUAUUAUGGGGUGAAUGAGUAGGCUGUCCGUAUAAAUGGGUAGACUUUCAGGAUCUCCAGAAUAAUGGACAGGUUGUUUGAUUGAAUGGACAGAAUCUUGGGUUAUCUGGGUGAAAGAGCAGAUUCUAAUGGUAUCUAAGUAGAUAGGAGGAUUUGCAUCUUGGUGAUUGGACUGAUUCUCAGCAUUUCAGUGUGAAUGGACCGAUGCCUAUGGUCUUUGGUCAGGAUCAAUUAGUAGAUUCCCAGGAUGAGUGAGAAAUUAUUUGAGUCUAAUGCAAACUUUUUUUACUCUUUGAAGAUAUGUUUAAAUUCUAAAUGUCCCAGGGAGACGGGUGGUUUCUCAUUGUCUCACUGUGAGUCACAGGUUUUCUGGGUUUGGGGGAAAUGGAUAGCUUCUCAGCGUGAGUGGACAGAUUCUCAGUGUCUGAGAGUGAAUGGAUGGAUUCUCUCUGUGCGCAUCAGAAGAUUUUCUGAAUCUGAGGGAGAAUUGUUGAAUACACGUAACACAAUUAAGGAUUUGAGGGAAUUUGAGAGUUUAGGGUGUACAUAAGACAUUUGGAUAACAUAAAUGCUGUGUCACAGCCUAGGAUCUUCACAGUGUGCUGUAAGAAGGUUAAAUGGACCUCUUAGCACCAUAACAACUGCAAUGCUUUGUAGUGCUUAUAUCCCAGGUGCCAUCACAGGGUAGGAUAUCAAAUUGUUAACAAUCUGAUGCCCAUACUCCUUCCGGUCUGAAUAGAUAUACUAAAACCAGAUUUCAUAAUUUUACAUUACUGUAUCAUCUUUUGUCUUAGCAUAGCCAUGCAGGCCUGAUAGAUUGCAGACGCCCAACAGAGACAGGUAAAUGGCAAACUGUCUGUAAGCUAAGCAGUUAAACUGCUUACCCUGGGGUGGCACCAAGGUGAUUCCCAAGACACUGCAUACUCCAGUAGUUAUAGUUGUAGAGUAUCCCUUUAAUGUAAUUAUGCUAUUUCAGAACAUCUUGUGAUCAACUCAGAAAAUAUACUAGUAUGGAUAUAGUUAAAGGGACACUAUAGUCACCAGAACAACUACAGCUUAUUGAAUUUGUUCUGGUGAGUAGAAUCAUUAGCUUCAGGCUUUUUGCUGUAAGCACUGUCUUUUCAGAGAAAAUGCAGUGUUUACAUUACAGCCUAGUGAUAACUUCAUUGGCCACUCCUCAGAUGGCUGUUAGAGAUCCUUCCUGGGUCAUGGCUGCCUAAAAUGCAUCCAAACAUUUAGUAUCUCCUCCCUCUGCAUGCAGACACUGAACUUUCCUCAUAGAGAUUCAUUGAUUCAAUUCAUCUCUAUGAGGAGAUGCUGAUUGGCCAGGGCUGUGUUUGAAUCAUGCUGGCUCUGCCCCUGAUUUGCCUGUUUGUCCGUCUCAGCCAAUCCUAUGGGGAAGUAUUGGAUCAGGCUACCACCUCUGAUGAUGUCAGCAGACUGCUUGUUUUUCUGAGUUUAACAGCAUGCAGAGUUACAGCUUCAGGCUUGAAUACAGUAAGAUUUUUACUAUAUUUAUGGAGGCAUGAGGGGCCCAGGGGGCUCGAUGGUGGUUUUAACACCAUAGGGUCAGGAAAACAUGUUUGUGUUCCUGACCCUAUAAUGAUCCUUUAAGUAAUAGCUCAUCUUCGCACCGCUGAUAUUGUGAGUUACUUGUCCUUUGAUGAUCAAUCAACCUUUAGGAUAUAAGUAAGCAGUGGGUGGUUAGAUGGAUGGAGAGAGAAAAACCGCGACAGACAGAGGAAGUUCGAAAAACAGAUUACAUUAACCAAGUGAUAAUUCUGUCACACCAUUGGUCAGUGUGAAUUGUUUUAAGAAGUCUGAUUCUCAGAGAUCUUCCUGAAACAAGUGCUGACAGGUACUCACUCCCCUCCUGGCACCCCUCCUGGCACCGCAGACCCUCUCUGCAUAGCUCGGUAUUUGUGAUAGGGGUUUUGUUUGUGAUUCUGGGUUUUUAUUUGUGGAUUUUGGGAUGCGGGAAGCAUCAAUUCCCAGGAUGGAUUUGAUUCAUUCUGCUCACUCUAUAUUCAGUUGGUUUUUUUUACUUCCUGUUUUCAUGAUUAUUUAUUUUUUAUAACUCUGUGGUUUUUGUUAUGUUAUUUUUAUAAACAGUAGUUAUUAUUAUAUCUUUUACUAAUAUUAUGACAGCAAAAUAAAUAUAUCCAUUAUAUUUUCAAAUUGAAUUCACGUAGUAAUCACAAUAAGAUAUCAGUUUGUCUCCGCUAGUAUUUGUCUAUCUACCUAUCUAUCCAUCUGUCUGUCAAUCCGUCUGUCUGUCUGUCUAUCUGUCAGCCUGCCUGUCUGUCUGUCUAUCUAUCUAUCUAUCUGUCUCUGUCUGCCUGCCUGCCUAUCUAUCUAUCUAUCUAUCUAUCUAUCUAUCUGUCUGUCUGUCUGUCUGUCUGUCUAUUUAUCUGUCUGUCUAUCUACCUAUAUACCUACCUAUCUAUCUGUCUGUCUGCCUGUCUGUCUGUCUGUGGUUGUCUCCAGAAUCACAAGAUGGCAUAAGAUUUUUCAAUACACAAUUUGUAGUUGUGUAAAUAAAAAGUGUAAAUUAAUAGAAAAUGAAACAAAAUAUCUUAAAUGCAUGUUCACAAUCCCUUAAAUCAUACACACCCAGUUUGCCUCGUCAUCAUUCAAUGCCAUGUCGUCAGUCCUAGUGGUACCCAACAUAGCUCACUGUGGAUUAUGUUUCGUUAUCCGCUGGGGUGUGCAGUUAUAAUGUGCAUACAUGGUAUGACCGAUAUUUUUGAAGUGAAUUUCUCUCAUCCUGUUAAAAAGCUGCCAAGGUUAAUAAUCAAUGUAGCAUUGGAUAUCUUAAACAUAACGUGUAUUAAAGCCGCCUGAUGACUGUGAUUACCGUAGCACCCUUUUAUUUGUCUCCAGUAGAGAGCUUAUACCUGCCAAAUCGUCCGUCCCCCCCCCCCCCUAUGAAAUUGGGAUGUCAGGGUUCCGGGCCUGAUAUGUGUAGAUCUGUAUCUGCCAUCCGACCCGUCCACAGAGGACAAUUCCCACACAUCCAAUGUUAUUGGGUUACAUAUAUUAUUAUUGACCAGCCCCUGGAAUCAUUAUAACAAUGUAGAAAUAGUGUUUUUCCAUCCUAUAGUCUGAUUCUCAUUUUUUAUUUAAUCACCUAAUAUUCACCUUCUUAGGUGAUUUACGGCUGACCAUGUACCAUGAGAUUUAUAGCAGCUGCCUUUUGGCUACCCCUGGUCUAAACGGAAGCAAACCAUACGAAGCCCGUUGCCAUGCUAGCAAAAACUAUUUUUAUUAUACAGGGAGAGCAUGAUGUGAAUUGUAGUCUGUGGUAGAUGCAGGGACAGAGGUAACAGUCUCUUCUGUGUCUUUCUAUGUGUCUCCUUCAUCCUUACAUGGAUACUCCACCAACUUUUAAGCUGACUUCCCUGCUAUAAUUACAGAGUUUAUUUAUAUCAGUAACCUCUUCCUUCAUAGGCUCCCGGCUCCUCUGCAGUGAAGGUACUUAUUGUGCCGAUUUGUCCCUACUGGGUUUGUGUGACUCUUUAUGUGAACCACAACCUUCGUCUCUCACCGCAAACCUGUUUUCCUUCACCAUUAGCCACUGUGCUCAGGUGAAGCCGCUUUGGGGUUUACCUUCCACACUUCACUGUGUAUAGUGAGGACACUGUGUAUCAAGAGCUGCUUCAUUAACUCUAAUUCUCAUCAUCACCAAGAACCCAUGGACUCUUGGCAUCAAACUAUACCCUCGCUGCUCUUUAUUCGAGUUGAACUGCAAAUCUCAAUAGCCUCAGCCAGGCCAUGGAGCUCUGUACCAAGAAUAAGCACCAUGUUUAACUCUGACUGUUCACAAAGCAAUUCCCAGGACCCUCAUUCAUCCAUAGCUAGAACAACAUUUGUAAUAUAUCAGCAUAUUCCUGUUUAACUCACUGAAUGCCAGGUGGAGUGAGUGCAUCAUUUUUUUUAAAACACCCGUUUAGCAUUGAUAUAACAGUAGAUCACUGUUUAAACAUCUUGGAGGAUUUACAUAAAACAUUAUAUUUUAACCGUAUUCUUGGAUUAUAAUUUCUCUUCUCUCUAAUUCUACGGCCGUCAAUAAAUCUUUCUAGAGUCUCAACUUACCUUUUGCUGUAAGAAGCAUUAUAGGCGUAGACGUCAUACAUACACUUCCCUGACUCAGGGCUCCAUUGAAACCGUUAUAUUUAGAGGUUGCCAGACAGCAACACUUUGAUGUGGUGUUUUUAUGAGGGAGAGGCAGAAAAAUACAUAUUCAAAGAGAAAUUAUAUACCUAUAAGCAGGGACUCUUGGCCAAUAUAGUAAAAAGUAAAAAUAUAAAAACAGAGGUAGACACUUGUAUUUAGUUUAAAAUUAAACAAAAUGACACUACCAUAUGUUUAAAAUAAAUUAGUCAUUGAUUUUUUUUUUUUAUUUCAAAGCUAUGUAUUUUAAAUUGCUACUUUGUUGUGACUUUUCUACCGUUCUUUCUCCAGAACAUUCUGCUGCAGCCAAGACUGGUGGCUGCUUCCCAGCGAGCGCCACGGCCACCAUAGAAUCUGGGGAGAAGUUGCCCGUGUCUGACCUGCGCCCUGGCAUGAAAGUUCUAGCCAUGGACAGUGAUGGCCACUUCACAUACAGUAGUUUCCUGACAUUUUUGGAUAAGAAUACUCAUGUAAAAAGUCUGUUCCAGGUGAUAAAGACUUUUGACCCUCCUCGACAGCUUUUCCUAACUCCAUCACAUCUCAUAUUCGUGGCAGACAAUUUCACCAGCAAGCCUACUGAUUUCCAAGCAGUGUUUGCUGGCCGUGUGACACCAGGGCAAUAUAUACUAGUCUCAGGUGUACCAGGCCUCUUACCAGCAAAGGUAAGCUCAGUGAGUACGGAAACAGACAUUGGGGUCUAUGCUCCCCUCACCCAACACGGGACAAUAGUGGUGGAUGAUGUAGUAGUUUCCUGUUUUGCACUGGUACAAAAACAGAGGCUAUCUCAACUGGCAUUUUGGCCCCUCCGAAUAUUUUACAGUCUAGGAGUAAUGGGAGGUAAUCAAUCAUCUCAACUGGAUGGUCUUCACUGGUAUAGCCAAGCUCUUUAUAACUUGGGCAGAGUAAUACUUCACAAAAGUGAGUUCCAUCCUCAGGGCAUUCUUCAACUAGAGAGCUGAGUGUGAAAUUAGAGGUUUAAACAUCAAAUAAAGAUUUCUUCUGAAUGCUACUGUAUUGGGUACAUUAACAGUAUCAUUCUAUUUGGUCUACUGAUCCUUCCCGAGAGACACCCCUGUAGAUUACUAGAAGAAAAGGGAAUAAAGAUACAGUGAAGGAUAAUAGUGAUAUACAUCUCUGAUACAGUAGUUGAAUAAGAUGUGGGACAUCUCUAAAGAAAGCUCUUUAGAUGCCAUUGAAACAAGCUUCCAAUAUAAGACUCGCAUAGAAUGAAUGAUCUGGUCAUCUUAUAUAGAGUGCCAGGUCACCACAAUGGUACCACAAGAGCAAUGUGAAAAAGUAGCUACCUAUUUACCGAAGUAUCAUGAAUGACCAUGUGGCAACCUCAAAACUAAUCACAUUUCCCAGGAUAUUGAAUUGCCCAGUCAGGAUUUGUAGUUCUUUUUUUUUCUAACAAUUAUAUAAAUUCCUUCACAAAUUACUUGACAAACUUAACAAAUCAAUGAAUAAGUACAGUUUGGAAACCCACGUGGAGAAGUCUGUUGUUGCUUAGUCUUUCAAGGUACUAAUUCACUGAGACACUGACAUCUCGUAGUGAUGAUUUUGCCUGCCAUUUUUACUUACUGGUUCUAGGCUUUCUGCUGCUAAUGGGUUGUAUUUAUACUAGAACAGACAUUAUCCUCAAUAACUCUAUUGCUUGCAGUUAUUUAUAUUGCAGUAGAUUGAAUCGUUUUGUAUAAUCAAAAGGAAAACUUACCCUUAUUCAUUAGACGAGACAGAAAAAGGAUCUGCCGUCUUUCCCCGAAAAUAAGACCGGGUCUUAUAUUAAUUCCCCCCCAAAAAAACCGCACUAGGGCUUAUUUUCGGGGGAGGUCUUAUUUUGGGGGAACACAGUAGUAGAUGGAGUGGAGUCUUCAUUAAAUUAAAACCCCAUGUCUUUAGUUUGCUUGCAGGUACGGUUUUAAUGAAAGAACAAUGAAAAAUAAAUAUUUUACAAAUUUUUUUACCCGAAUUCCAUAGUUUGAAAAGAGAAACAUUGAAUUGGGAAAUUUAAGAGUGCUAGCAGGAAAACCAUAGAAUUCUCACCAUUUGUCACUUUAAUAAUUCUUUACUAUAUUUCACAUAGUGAACAGACUGGCUCAGUACCUUAUUAUAGCUGUCCCAUUAUUGCAGGUAGACAGGUCAGCACAUUAGCAAAAAUUUGAGGCUCCAAAAUAAAUGGGCUCCAAAACAGCCAAAAAUUGUGAUAAUGAUCUAUCGCAGCUGGAAUGCGACAACAAUCUUAUUGUUCUUCUCAUUAGCUAAUACAGAAGUCAAGAUGUAAUGAGUAACUAACAUUUCUACUGACGUUGUCCAUUGCGAACAUGAAAACAAUUGCUCAGAGUUAGAGAUCCCAUCUUUGAUUAGUAGCUCACUCAAAAAUAACUUUUUGUUUUACAUCUGUCCAUCGAGAACCAUGAAGCUAAGACUCAGCUGGGCACAUGAGCAGACACAUAGAUGAGGCCAAAGAAGUGGCAGACCAAAACAUAAACAAUGGCACACAGAUUUACCCAACAAGCAGCAAGUAGUCCUGUCCAACGCACUUUCUUAUCCACCCCAAUGGUCUUUAGCGGUAACCCUCAGACGAGAAAUUCUGACUCAUGAGUUAUCUCUGUGUUUCUCCAGAUAACCCUUGUGGCUAUAUCUACAAAAGAAUGUUUUAACCUGAGUUAAUACUGUGUUCUAACCUUUUACAUCCAGAUUUUCACACUACGUGCAGUGGCACUCCUGUUGAAAUAGAUUGUGCCCCCAGAAUGACUACCAUGUGCUUGAUUUAAAUAGGGCAUUGUAUGUGAUCAAAUAGUGUAGAAAACAUCAAUGUCCAGGAGAUGUUUCAGUUAUGACCAUGGCCAGAUCAGAAGGUUUCAAAUCUGCUCCUGCCCAUGACAUGGUAGCUGACCCUUUGUCUUUUGUAGUCCUUUCAUCACCUAGAUUAAAAUCAGAAAGCCUUUUCUAGAUACACCAUGAUAUCAGAACAUACACUGCAUGCCCUGACUAUCCAGAAUAACUAGGGACCAUCUCGACUUCCAAGAAUCCCACGUUCCUCCAAAGUCAGAAAGAUUCACCUGUUCUCAAUCCAUCUCAUUCCUUAUUUAUUUUAAUAUGCAAGUGUGUACUAUAGGUGUAUAAAUGUUUCCUGUUUAUAUAUAAAUAUAUAAUGAAGAAAAUGUUAUUAAUAUUAUAUUUCUGCCAGUACUUACAGGGAAGUGGAAGAUUUUUUUAAAAAAAAGUAAUGAAAAUUAUUUAAGAUAAUUGCUAAUGUUCUGCAUAUUGUGGAAGAUCAGUGUAAAGAGGCCGAGGCCUGCAGCGAUUAUUAUGUUCUGUGUUCAGGAUUAAAUCUGAUGUCAAACUUGUUCCAGCUCAAUACAAUUACAUUCUGACUUUUA